CCACCACCUCCCGGUCGCGGGUUACGUGACGGCGUCUCCCCGCCCUCUCACCCCGCUGCCUCUGGGUUUUGGGAAGAUGGCGAAGAUCUCAGAGCUUUACGAUGUCACUUGGGAAGAAAUGCGAGAUAAAAUGAGAAAAUGGAGAGAAGAAAACUCACGAAAUAGUGAGCAAAUUGUGGAAGUUGGAGAAGAAUUAAUUAAUGAAUAUGCCUCUAAGCUUGGAGAUGACAUUUGGAUCAUAUAUGAACAGGUGAUGAUUGCAGCCCUAGACUAUGGUCGGGAUGAGUUGGCAUUGUUUUGUCUUCAGGAGUUAAGAAGACAGUUUCCUGGCAGUCACAGAGUCAAGCGAUUAACAGGCAUGAGAUUUGAAGCCAUGGAAAGAUAUGAUGAUGCUAUACAGCUAUAUGAUCGAAUUUUACAGGAAGAUCCAACUAACACUGCUGCAAGAAAGCGUAAGAUUGCCAUUCGAAAAGCCCAGGGGAAAAAUGUGGAGGCCAUUCGGGAACUGAAUGAGUAUCUGGAACAAUUUGUUGGAGAUCAAGAAGCCUGGCAUGAACUGGCAGAACUUUAUAUCAAUGAACAUGACUAUGCAAAAGCAGCCUUUUGUUUAGAGGAGCUUAUGAUGACAAAUCCACACAACCACUUAUACUGUCAGCAGUAUGCUGAAGUUAAAUAUACCCAAGGUGGACUUGAAAACCUGGAACUUUCAAGAAAGUAUUUUGCACAGGCAUUGAAACUGAACAACAGAAAUAUGAGAGCUUUGUUUGGGCUUUACAUGUCGGCAAGUCAUAUUGCUUCUAAUGCAAAAGCGAGUGCAAAAAUGAAAAAGGACAACAUGAAAUAUGCUAGUUGGGCAGCUAGUCAAAUAAACAGAGCUUAUCAGAGUUCCAUCAUAUGGGUGACAAAAGAAACUCACAAUAGGCUUCUGAGAUAUGAUGUAAAGAACCGGAAAGGAAAGGAGUGUGAAGAUAGAAAAGGAAGCAGAAGAAAAGGAAUAGGAAGAAUUCCUUAUGUUCCAGCUGGUUGAUAGCAGAGGAAAAGAAAAUUGUGAUGCACUACAAGUUAGAUGACAUUUUGAAUUCUGGUAUGUUCUUUUUUUAUUUAUUUUUUAUUUAGUAAAUAUAAAUUUUCAAAGUACAGUUAAUGGAUUACAAUGGCGCCCCCCCCCCCCCCAUAUUUUCCCUCCCACUCACACCCCUCUGUGGAAGCCUCUGUCCUGCAGAUACUCCAGAUUCAGGUCCUAAAGUAACUAAGGGGCAGAGUUGUCAAUAUUUCUAUUUUGUUUCCUAGCAUUUUCCUUUUCCUCUUCCACUCACUAAGCACUCUGACUUCCUCAGAACUGAAGAGUAGAAUAGGAAAUGCAGGCAAGGUCUAAGGGCCAGGAAAAGUGUUACUAGUCUAGUGCUAUUGUUAGCUGACAUUGAUCCUGACUCUGCUAGAUAUUUAAAGCUAAAUAGACUCUCAAUUCAGUUUUCAGAUAUUUCUCCACUGUAGAUCUUUCACCUACAGUUACAUGAUACAGGUGAUGUACCCCUUUCACACCAACUCUCAAUGAUCUUGUAGCACCUAUCGAGCUGGCUCUUUUGGGAAAAAAAUUCAUUUAAGAAUAUUCCACUCCAGGCUUGAUACCUCUCUUUCUCUCACAUAGGCAAAUUUACUACAUUUCCCAAAGCCUAACCUUCCACUCUAAUGUUUCUUACCCUUUAACUCUCUUGUACAUGAGUCAGAUCAGUCUUCUGUAUCCCUUAAACUUCUGAGGAUUCAUUAAUGAAGCUAUUCAAAUGUCUUACAGCCCAUCAAUAAUUAUCUUCAAAGAAAGACUAUAAUUCUCUACUAAAUUGUCUCAGACUCCCCAGCCUAUUUUAUAGACUGGAAGUUAAUGGUCAGCUUUGGUCCCAAGGUGUUCUCUAACAUCUUCUUCACAAGUUCUUCUUGGAUAGUGUAGUAGCUUUCUUUGUAAUGUAAGUAAGUGGCCUAUACAAAACCAACAGAACAGUUCCUUUUUGUCAUCCAAGUUGCAUUUGUAAAUAGUUCUUGUUGUCUUUGAGACUGACCAGUAUGUGUUAGCUAUAAGACGAACAGUCAAGCAUCAAAUGUAGCUGGUAGGGCCGCCCCUGUGGCAUAAUAGGUUAAGCCUCUGCCUGUGGUGCCAACAUCCCAUAUGGGCACCAGUUUGAGUCCUGGCUACUCUACUUCCAAUCCAGCUAAUGGCCUGGGAAAGCAGUGGAAGAUGGCCUAAUUGCUUAGGCACCUGCACGCACUUGGGAAAACCUGAAGAAGCUCCUGGCUCCUGGCUUCAGAUUGGCCCAGCUCCAGCCGUUGUGGUCAUUUGGGGAGUGAAUCUGCAGAUGGAAGACCUCUCAGUCUCUCCCUCUGUCUGUCUGUAACUCUGCCUCUUAAAUAAAUGAAUAUCUUUAAAAAAUGUAGUUGGGGUGCCAGCGGUGUGGUGUGGGGUAAAGCCACCACCUGCAGUUCCAGAAUCCCAUACAGGCACUGGUUUAAGUCCCAGCUGCUCUGCUUCCGAUCCUGCUCUCUGCUGUGGCCUGGGAAAGCAGUGGAAGAUGGCCCAAGUCCUUGGGCCCCUGCACUCACAUGGAAGACCCAGAAGAAGCUCCUGGCUCCUGGAUUCAGAUUGGCACAGUUCUGUCUGUUGCGGCCAUCUGGGGAGUGAACCAGUGGAUGGAAGACCUCUCUCUCUCUCUCUCUCUCUCUCUCUGUCUCCCUCCAUCCCUCCCUCCACCUGUGCUUCUCUGUAUCUCUGCCUUUCAAAUAAAUAAAUAAAUAUUAAAAAAAAUGUAGUUGGUAACUUAGAAGGAGAAUUGGCAUGUACACACAGACUGCACAGCCAUGACUGCUGAAUGCACGUGGGACCACAGGUCUCAUGUACUGUCCUCUGUAUUUAAAAGUUCGGCAUAUGUGGAUUCAACCAACUGUGGGUCAAAACUAUCAGAAAAGAUUGCAUAAGUACUCAAUAAGCAGACUUAUUUUUUUGUCACCAUAACAUUUACAUUGCAUAGAGAUGAUUUAAGGUAUUUGGAAGUAUUAUAUAGGUUAUAUGCAAAUACUAUAUGAUUCUAUAAAAAGGAACUUUAGCAUCUGCAGAUUUUGUAUCUGCCAAGGGUCCUGGAAUCAAUCCCUUGCAGAUACAGAGGGAUGCCUGCAUGCUUUGUUGUAAUGGCCCAGCACUGAGGCUUUCUGCAUGCCUUACUGCAAAAAUGAAGCAAGCCAGAAAGGAAUCAGUGUUCCACUCAGUUUCAAAGGCCUGGAGGUUUCAGGUUUUUAUAUCAUUUACUGAAGUCAGGGAGGGUGCAUAUUGACAUGAAAAUGAUUUUUAUACCGUGCAGAGAAUCUGGGGAGAAAUAUCACAUAAGAAAUGGAGAAAUGAAAAGGAAGUAUUGGAAGAAGGUGUGGGAAUCCGAACAUGCCUUCCUCAAAACAUGUCAGGAUAUAAAUUACAGUUUUCUGGGACCCAUAUACUUGUAUCAUAGGUACUGAUGCCCUACUUUUAGGAGCCCCACAUCUAAAAUAGACAAGAGGUUGGAAUAGCAAAGUCAAAAAGUCAGGGAAUGAAGUUGAGGUGGCCUGAAAUAAGUCCCCACACUUCAGUGCCCUGGAAUAAUGUUUAACUUUUCUCAUGGCCAUCAGAGAAAGAGAAAGUUAGUAAGUGACCCAGUGAAACUCGUGAAACACAACUGCAUGACUCUGACUGAUGGAUGCCACUUGGUACCACAAGUCUCAUAAGCUUCCAGAAAAAGUAGGCUCAGCAGCCAAAGGCCAACAGCAGGAAGACUACAUCAAACAUCAGUAGGGCCCAGAAAGGUCAGGUGACUGCUAUAGACUGGACAUGCGCCUAUUCCUGCACCCUCCAAUUUAAGUGGGUAAUUAGACUCCUAUGUUAAUGGACUUAAUAGUAAAGAAACUAAGUUUUAAACCAGAAGUGUCUCAAAUAGGCUAGAUUAAAGAUUUUCACUGUUGAGCUGGAAGUUCCAGUUUUGCAUAACUGAAUUUAACUGGGAAAUUAGUAUUCAUUACUUAUUUAGUGUACCUACUGUCUAAAUUUUGAGCAACUUGAGGGCAGAGGCCAAUUUUAAUGAGUUGAUAAGGAUCUUUAAAAUACUAUUUUGUUCUCAAGGUCUAAUAAAAUGAAACAAGGGAAAUUAAAGUAACGUAAUACAUUGAAUUAAUGUGAAAUAUUAAAUAAUUAAGCUUAAACUAAGCUAACUCUAAAUAACUAAAACCAUUCAUUUGUGAACUGGUUUAUUGUUCCUUGUCCUAGUAAAUAAAUUGCUACCACGUAAAUACACUCUUAAGCUCUUCAAAUUAUUUUCUUCAGAAUCCAGUCUCACUUCUGAUAGCAAAUAAGCUUCUGCAAUCAUUUCUUGGAUACUUCCAUUUUCCUAUAUUUGUCAAAAUGUUGUUUGCAAAUUAGAGUCACCUACAUACCUCAUCCAUUUCCUAGAACAGGAAAAAAAACACCUUAUCAGAAAUACACAGAGCUAGAAAAAAAGUCAAAAGAGAAAACCAUACAUGAGGAAAAGGAUCUAACAAAAGGAAGGCACAGUCAUACCUUGUUAUAAGGAUGUUCAUAAAAAUGUACAUGUACUAUAACAUGACUCUUCUGUCAUCAUUAAGAAACAGGUGUCACAUGAAGAGAAAUGGAUUUUGCAUGCAAAGAAUGGAAACAAAAGGGAAAAGAACAGAAUUCCCUAUCAACCUUGAUAUCUUGUUAUUCUUUAAAAUCUUAAUUUUAAAGGCAAUUUUUAGAAAACAUUAGAACUUCAUUGUCUGCAUGGAUGGUUAAUUCAAAGACAUUUCACAUUUUUUACCCACACAUAAGAAAGACCUUCAAAAUCCUACUUAAACCACUGAAGGGUGUUUCCAAAGCAUCACACAGGUUUCCUAAAAUGUUUCUUGCAGAAUUUAUUUAUUUUUAUAAGAUUUAUAUUUUAUUUAUUUUACUUUACUUGAAGUGGGGUGGGGGGUGAAAAGAGAGAUUAAGAGAGAGCUGCCAUCUACUGAUUCACUCCCAGAUUUCCACAGCAAUCAGAGCUGGGCCAAGCUGUACCCAGGAGCCUGGAACUCCAUCCACAGGUCUAUCAUGUGGGUGGCAGGGUCCCAAGCACUUGAUCUACCAUCUACUUUAUGGGUGGGGAACAGCAACAUGCAGUGCAUACAAGGAUCAUGAAAUCAUUUGGUCUGGUCCUAACAAGGCAACUGCGGGUGAUACUCAAAAUUAAAUAAACCUAGGAGCUUUUCGUAUAGCAACAUAAAUUUAUACUAAGUGACUCAUAAAAACGUAACUUUUGAGGGAUAGACAGGAUAGACAGGACACGUAUGAGUACGUGAUGAGACAGACACAUAUACUUCUCACGUAUUGCCAGCAGUUCACUUGCCUGUAUGAUGGUGACUCAGAGGACAGUGCAUCUGUAUGACAAUGACUCAAAUGACAGUUAGUGCCAGGCAGGCGUGGAGUGUACAUGUUGCGCAUGUGUUAACACACUAUGAUGAAACUAUGCCCAUUUGGUGAUGCAAUAAGGUGGUUCCUUGCUAUGUCAAUGACCUGGCUUCUGAUGAUUGACAGAUGAUGUUUUCAACUUGUUUGUCGACACAGACAAUAACUCUGAUCCAACCUUUAUCCGUGCAUCCAUGAUCAACAAUAGUAGCAAAAACUAACAAUCUAAAAUGAAGAUUAAAGAAAUUACAGUACAUGAAAAAAUCUCAAGCUAAUGAUAUUAAUAUUGAAUGUGUUCCAAAUCCAAGAUGCCUAAUUGGAACAGCAAUUAAAACAAAGUAUUAAUGUUGCUGGGUAUACACACAUUGGAUAGUUAUCAACACUUAAGAGGUGUGACAUUCUACACAUGGUGAUACAAACUAACAAAAAGUUGAUGAUAAGUGUUGAUCUUUCCAAGAGAAAUGGAAGAUGGUUAAUUUGUUGUUGAACUGAAUGACAAGCCUGAUGUGGGCAAUGAAUAUAUUAAUUUCUUAUUGAAGUUCUUGUCUCCUGCAGAAGUAAACCCCUAAGUGCAGAUUAGUAUUGUGUGCAAAUAGGAACAGAAUUUAUGUAAUAGUGAGGGAAUAAACACACAUUCAUGUGCCUGGGUGGGACACAGGAAUACCCAACAUGAAUGGGCCAAAGAGUGGCCGAUAAAUGAGAUACAGAAAAAAAAUCCUAAAAAUGGUACCUCUAAACCAGAGUGUGAGAGAUCCAUCCAAGAGUGGGAGAGAUCUAAAACUGGUCCAAAGUGUCAUGAAACUUCUCUCCUGCCCUCGCCUCUUUUUUAUGAGAAAGAGGGUGCUACUUCUAAAUCACACAUACAAACAGGGUUGGGUGUGAGCCCGUGGCCUGGUCCUGGAUGCCUCAUGUGCAUCCUAGGAAGGUGGAUGUAUCAUACCAAUGGUUAAAGAGAUAGCAUCACUUUGCAGGGAUGCAGUAGUUCUAGCUGGCCUCAGCUUUAACUGCCUAGUUACGCCAUAUCACACCUGCAUGCCUAGUUCACAUUAACUGUAAUGCAAAAAGCCAAUCUGGAGCGUCAUUACUGCUGAAAUCAUGCUAAAUUCAAUGAAUUUGGAGGACAAAUGCAUCUGGAUAGAGUCAAUACUCUUCAGCCGUAUUUGAGUUUUCACCAGGCUUCCUGACAGAAAUGUUGUUAUUCAGAUGAGUUUUCUGUUGAACAAGUUAAUCUCAAAGAAGCUGAGGCCUCAUGCAGGGGGAGAAAUUGUGAAAGUGCACAGUGGCUGCUGUAGAGUUGUUAGCAGAAAAUAAAAUUAUUUCAGAGUGUAGGUGAGUCUUGGAGAGCCAUCUUAGAUUGGAUUAUUGACAAUAUAAGAUAUUGGAAGGGGAGAGGGAGUGGAUAAGGGGAGGGUUGUGGGUUGGAGGGACGUUAUGGGGGGGAAGCCAUUGUAAUCCAUAAGCUGUAAUUUGGAAAUUUAUAUUCAUUAAAUAAAAGUUAAAAAAAAAGAUAUUUAGAAAAACACUGUAUGAUUGUGGAGAUUUCCAAGUUUUCUCUUUGGCUUGUGAUGAGACAACAGACAUAACAAGCACUGCCUGGCUGGCCAUUUUCAUUUGUGGGAUUAUUACAGUUUGACACGUGAGAGGAACUGCUGUUUCUGAAAGCAUGUAUGCCACUGCAAGAGGUGAGGACUUGUGAGAGAGACUUGUUUUAUCAAUGAAAAAACUUGAGAUAACAUUUGAAAAGUGGCCUUACAAUAGAUGGAGCUCUAGCCAUGGUUGAAGGUUAAUUGUGUUUGUCAAGAAAGGACUGAGUCUUUUUAGUAUUGAUUCAAAUGAUUUAAUUAUAUGCCACUGGAUUAUACACCAAGAAAGUCUGUAUACAUUGUAUCUUAACAAUGUGGGACAACAGUAAUGUCAUGCAUAAAUUUUGUAAAAAACCAAAAGGUUUAACAGCCACCAGUUUAAGGAGUCACUGAAUGACCUGACUCUGAGUAAAGUUAUUUAUCUUGUUUAUCACUGUGUAGUGUGGUGGUUGAGUCAAGAGAACAGGCUCAUGAGGUUCUGCUAACUGCAGGAUGAAGUCAAGAAAUUAAUAGAAAUGAGGGAAAACUUGUCAGAGAACUUAAUCACAGCAAGUGGUUGUGUGAUCUAGCAUUCAUGGGGGACAUUACCAAAUACCUCUCAGAGAUAUGAAGAUGCAGGGUUCCAACCAGCUUCUCAGCUCCCUGCUGACAAAUAUGAAAUCAUCUGAAGCUAAAUUAAGGCUGUGAAGUGUAAUUCAAAAGGAUUACAUGCUGAAUUUUCCGCACUCUAGGAGGACAAAAACCUUCUGAUGCUUGACUAUGCUGGUGAAUGUAUAAAUCUAUUAAGACAUGUAAUGAAAGAUUCAAAGAUGUGAAAAAUAAACUAAUGGAAUUGAGUAUCUUUGCUACAUCAUUCAAUAUGGACCCAGUUGAUAUACCUGAUAAUCUACAAAAGAAAAUCAUCCUGCUGCAAAGCAGUGAUGAGCUGGAAGCUGGGUACAACAAUCUCCCACUGCUUGAGAUUUAUAAAUGUCACUUCCAUAAGCAGUGAUGAAUUUUCCACUUUGAGGAGACAUGUAUUUAAAUAUGCAUCUGUGUUUGGAACAACUUACUGCUACAAGCAGUCCUCUUCAAAACUUCCCAUUGCAAAGGGUCGACUGGGCUGCAGACUGACAAAAACCUGGAGAAGGAGUUGGGAGUAGCAGUAUCAUCAAUACCAACUAACAUUACAUGCCCACCAAAGAGAAGCAGUUCUAGCCAUCACAUUGGGGUGAGUUAAUUAAAUGUUUGGCCAAAUACAUCAGGCUAGUUUUUAAGUUGAUAAUUUUGUAUGACCCACAAACGAUGUCAUAAAUACAGAAAAGGCCCUUGGCAGAGAAAAGUUCACCCUGAUCUACUGCCUCCCAGCAUGCACAUUAGCAGGAAGCUGGAUUGGAAGCCCAGGAGUAGGGACUCAAAACAGGCACUCUGAAACGGGAUGUGGAUGUCCCAAGUGGCAUUUUAAUUGCUGUGCUAAACACCCAUCUCCAGAUUUAUUGUUAAGGAUGGCUUGCAAAAUUUUGAGCAUGAAAUUUGAGCAUUAACCACCUAGUAUUUGAGAGACAAUUUAAUGGAACUGUGCAGGAAUAUCCUGCUUUGUAGGUUUUUGUUCUAUUAAAAAAAUACUACAUAGUUUGGACCCUAAUUUGGAAGUAGCACUUCAUUACAAAAGAAAAAAAGGAACAAGAUUUAAAAAUGACAGAAUCAUUGUAGUUUUAAGCAACUAGAAUAGAUUUCAGAGAUGACAGAAAAGAUAGUAAUUUAUGGUAUUUUUUAAACUUUGCCUUUGAAAUUGAAUAUUAAUGGUAUCCUGUUUAGGCAAGAUGGACAUGUAUUUUCUAGUUGUGGGAAUAGAAAGAUAAUUUUUCUAUACUGAGAAGUAUAAAAAAUUAUGAUAUAAAUGUUAACUAUAGGACCAGACUGCCAUCGUUGGUAUCCUCUCUUCUCUGAUUUCUAAUUGUAUGAUCUAAACAAGUGAAAUAAUCUCUGAGUUUCCUUUUGUAUAAAAUGAGGAUACUAUUGUAUUUACCUCUGAAACCAAGCCCCUAUACACUGGAUUGAUAUAGACACUAGAUAUUAUGAGACCGUAGGCUCCCAGUCGCUGUCUCUCUUCUUACCUUAGUUUAUUUGCAGAUCAACCUUUUACUAAAUUAACUCACUGAAGUGAGGGAGUGAUCAGCCAUUUCCACAGGGUCUCUGACCACAAGACUCAUUAUGUCAUUUAUCUCCUCCAUAGAUAACAUUUUGAUGCUAAGUCUUCUCUUGAGUAUUUUUCUAGGAAACCCAGGUCCUGAGCAAAAAGUAACUACCACCUGAUUGACCGGCCAUAGCCCACAUUUUCAUCAUCAGUAUUCCCCUAAAGAGCAUCAUAUUGCUGCCCAAUCAAAGGAGGGACAUGAGCUGAAUAUGUAACUCUCAACCCCAACUUCAGUCUAUAAGAAACUAUCCCCAACUUCUUGAGGAGUCAUAAUGAAAUGAUAGCUGUGCAACUCCUUGAUCUUUGCUCUGCAAAGAAAUACCUACUUUUCUCUUCUACCAAGCUGUCAGUGAUUGGCUUGCUGCAUAACAGGUAAGCAAAGCCAGGUUUUGGGGGAUUCUACAACACCCCAAAGAGUUGUAAGGGUUGAAUGAGUUAGCAAAUAUACAGCAGUUAGAACAGAGCUUGGCACAUUGUGAACACUCAACAAUGCUAAUUAUUUUAGUUAAUUACUGAUGGUUGGGUUUUAUCAUUACAGUCUAGAAAUAAUCACCAUACUCAGUUUGUCUUGCUUUGUUAUUUCCAAAAAGGAAGGAUUAAUAUCAGAACUCUGAUAUCUAAGUCAUCUACCCUGCAAGGUGUCAAAUGGUAUUGAAUUGGUUUCUAUCUAAUAAUUGGGUACAGUAAGACAAAUCACUUAUUUACCCCAGGGAACAGAAAACUUAUUUCAAAAAGUAGGUGUAUAUACUGUAGGUUCCAAAAUUAACCAUCCUGUUAAUCACUUAUCACAGCUGGUUUCCUGUUGUUCUGAGUGAUGUUUGGCAAUUCCUGCCCCAGAUUUUCCAAGCUAAAAUUUCAUAUAAAUCUAGAGACUUGAGGCUUUGGCUAUUUAUCCAUUUGUAGCUUGAAACCAACCCUGUUAGCAGAGAAAAUUGCUGGCACCAUUUGUAAGUAAUCUCUUGGCCAUUCAAGUGAGGUGGCCCUUUGUUAAGAUGUGCUUUGAUUAGACUUUUCAUAGGAAAAUGUUAGCCUAACUUAACUUUCUGCUUAGUUGGUUGCUAAAUAUGUAACAGAGCAUUUGCACUGAAUACUUUCUUUGAGGAAAUGUUCUUUGAACUCUUUGAUGACAAAUUGUUAUAGAAAUAAAACAAAGAUUUAUGAUAAUAUUUAUGGAAUACUACCUAAAGGAAAUGAGGCCUUCAGGAUAUUUCCAUAUUUUCUUCUUACAUCAAGCAGUGUUAGCAAGAGUGGUGUAUUAAUGUUAUAAGGUUUAUGUCAUCAUUAAACUAAUUUUAUGGAAUAAUGUCUCAAUUUAUAUUUUCAUCCAUUUUUUUUGACAGGCAGAGUUAGACAGUGAGAGAGAGAGAGAGAGAGAGAGAGAGAGAGAAAGAGAAAGGUCUUCCUUUUCUGUUGGUUCACCCCCGAAAUGGCCACUACAGCCAGUGCACUUCCUCCUGGUCUCCCAUGUAGGUGCAGGGCCCAAGCACUUGGGCCAUCCUCCACUGCACUCCCAGGCCAUAGCAGAGAGCUGGACUGGAAGAGGAGCAACCAGGAACAUAAUCCGGCGCCCCAACUGGGACUAGAACCCAGAGUGCUGGCACCACAGGCAGAGGAUUAGCCAAGUGAGCUGCAGCGCCGGCCUCAUCCAAUAUUGAUAGGCAGUGUAGAAAUAUGUAUUCAGAAUUCAUCAUUAUAAGCAUGGUAGCUGCAUUGUGAAAGAUGUUAUUCACUACAAAAAGGAGAGAGAGCUGGAUAAAUUACUCUGAAGUUUCUCAGAAUAAUACUUCCAUCGUAACAGUUAUUUUAAAAUUUUAUUCUGGUUCCUUUUUCCUUUUUCCACUAGGAAUCUUGUUCUUAACAACUUUAAAGGUGCUUUCUCCCUUCUUUUUUUAACUUUUUUUCUUUCUCUCUUGUGGUGUAUAAUUUUCCUUUUUUCCAGAUUUGAUGCAUAUUUGGGAAAUGGAAAUUUUAAAUAUUCAAGAUGUACCAAGGUAUGGUUUUAUAUAUGUGGACAUUGUGCAGUGACUAUUAUAAUCAAAUUAACACAUCUAUCACCAUAAAUACUUAUCCUUUCUGGGUAAACUGUAAGUAAACAUGCAAUAUUAUUAACUAAAGUCACAUGUUAUGCAUUAAAUUCCCUGAACUUAUUCAUCUUAUAACAAGUUUAUUAAGGUUUACAAUGUUGUGUAAACAAAGAAAAUGCUUAUAUUUGUGUGACAGUCUUGGUCCAUUUGUGCCGCUUCAAGAAAAUAUGUGAGACUAAGAAAUUCAUGAAGAACAGAAAUUUACUUUCUUAUAGUUCUGGAAGUUGAGAAGGCCAGGUUCAAGGCUCUGGCAUGUUUGGUUUUCUGGCAAGGCAUGCUCUGUUUUUAAGAUAGUGUCUUUUCCUUUUAUUUGCUAGAAAGGAGGUAUGCUGUGUCCUCACACCACAGGGAGGCAGAGGGGAAGAAGAAGUAAAGGCUGCCUGAAUUCUCUUAUGUCACGGCCAUAUUCUGUUUAUGAAGGAGACAUCCUUAUGACCUAAUGAGCCUUUAAUAGUCCCAUCUCUUACUAUUAUCACAUUGACCACUAAAUUUCAGCACGUAAAUUUUGGAUCUGAUACGUUCCAACCAUAUCAAACACCCAGGGAAAGAAAUUAAGACUGAAACAACCAGCCCCAUAUUGCAUUACCCAGCCACAUCUGGCUUCCCUGAAAGUGAACAGAUGAGUAUGUUUGUGCACCUGAAAACUAUUGAUAGUGUACCAUUUAGAAAAUUCUGUGUGAUGGCAUACAUUUAUACAAGUAUGAUGCCCUUUCAUAUUGUAUACAUGAUUGAAAUCAUUCUUAAAAGCUUUGUAAAAGAAGACAUAAAAUAAAAAACAAAAUUAAAUAAUAACAUAGUAAUUCAAAAGUAGAGGAGAAAGAGAAUCCAGAGUGCCAAGAUUAUAGAAAUGCUGAAUAGAGCUUUAGCAGGGUUUAUGCUGUCAGCAUUUUGCAGAAGUCUCCAAAUGGAGAGAAAGCUUCUCAGUUACUUGCCCUAUAAAAGUGACUUUGAACUUAAUGCCAGGACAAAAGCUAGCAAAUCUCUGAAUUGUAGGGUCCAAGAUAUGGCAAUGACAGAUCCCAGUGCAUGUUAGCAGGGAAAAGAUUUGGUACAUAAAGAAACAGAUUUUCAGAAACUGCAAAACACAUGGAGAAAUGCACAUUGUAUGCUUGCUAUUUAAGGCAUGACUCAAUAAAAAUUGUAGGUGAGUUGUGUAAGAAGGAACUAGAGACUGAAAUCUACUGUAAAUAAUUUGAAAUUAACUUUGACAUCUAUAUUUAAAUCAACAUAUAUAUAUUUAUAUAGUAUUCAACAUAUAGUGCUCUUUUAGUCAUGAGAAGUUAUUUUUGUUGUUGUUAUCUUCCAUUAAGUCAAAAACUGAAGGAUCCCUUAACUGUUAUUACUGUUAGCUGACUAAGGGGGUAGCCUUCAUUCUUUCAAACAGGAUGCUUGACCCUAGACUAGAACAAAAUCAGGUGUCUUGGACUCCAUAGAAGAUGCUAUUAUAGCAAGGCUGUCAGUAGGACUUUCUAGUUUUUUUUUUUUUUUUUUUUUUUUUUUUUUUUUAAGAUAGAGUUACAGCCAUUGAGAGGGAAAGACAGAGAGAAAGGUAUUCCAUCUGCUGGUUCACUCCCCAAACAGCCACAAUGGCCAGAGCUGCGCAGAUCCGAAGCCAGGAGCCAGGUGCUUCUUCUUGGUCUCCCAUGCAGGUGCAGGAGCCCAAGGACUUGGGCCAUCUUCUACUGCUUUCCUAGGCCAUAGCAGAGAGCUGGACUGGGAGAGGAGCAACUGGGACUAGAACCUGGCUGCCCAUAUGGGACACCGGCGCCACAGGUGGAAGAUUAACCUAGUGCGACAUGGCGCCGACCCCUCUAGUUUCUUUUUUUUUUUUUUAAUAUUUAUUUAUUUGUUUGAAAGGCAGAUUUAGAGAGGCAGAGGCAGAGAGAGAGAUCUUCCAUCCACUGAUUCACUCCCCAGAUGACUGCAAUGGCUGAAACUGAAUCCAGGAGCUUCUUAUAAGUCUUCCACAUGAGUACAGGGGCCCAAGGACUUAGGCCAUCUUGAACUGCUUUCACAGGCCAUAGCAGAGAGCUGGAUCAGAAAUGGAGCAGCUGUGUGUAGAACUGGUGCCCAUAUGGGAUGCCUGCACUGCAGUGGCAGCUUUACUGGCCAUGCCACAGUGCUGGCUCCAGGACUUUCUUGUUUUAAAGUGUCUAUAAUAGAUCUCCAGAUCUUACUCCUACACCUCUUCUAUGAACAUUUUUUUUAUCUCAGUUGAUGACAUUUGCAUAUUUCCAUUUGCUAAGAUCCCAAAUUAUGGAGUCUGUUGGACUGUUAUCUUUAUUCUGGAUUUUAUACUCAAUCCAUCAGGAAACUUCAUUGGUUUACAUGAAAAAUAUAACCACUUUCCCUUGCUUCUCUCAUUGCUACCCUAGUCCAGACUAUGCUUACCUGGUUUAUUGUAAUAACCCCAGAUAUAUCUCCUUGUUGCCAUUCUUGGCUACUCCCCUUUAAAAUUAUUUAAAGUCAUUAUUAUUUUCAUUUUAAUUUAAAGAGAGAGGCAGUGAGAGAGUGAGAGUGAGAGAGAGAAAGAGAUUAAUCUCUGAUGCACUGGUUUACUUCCUAAAUGCCUGUAAUACCCAGCAAUGGGCAGGACAAUGUCAGAAGCCCAGACUCUAUCUGGAUCUUUCAUAUCAAUGGCAGGAACCCAAAUACUUAAGCCACCACCUGUUGCCUCCAAGGUUGUGCACUAGCAGGAAGCUGGAAUCAGAAGCAGAGUCAGUCUCAAACCCAUGCACUCUGAUAUGGGACAUGGUUAUCCAAGUGGUGUCUCAGUGUCUGCACCAAAUGCCCCCACAAUGUUUUUUUGCCCCUCUACAAUUAAUUUUCAAUGUAAGGGACGGAGUGAUUUUUUUUUAAUUUUUUAAACUUUUAUUUAAUGAAUAUAAAUUUCCAAAGUACAGCUUAUGGAUUACAAUGGCUUCCCCCCCAUAACGUCCCUCCCACCCGCAACCCUCCCCUUUCCCACUCCCUCUCCCCUUCCAUUCACAUGAGGAUUCAUUUUCGAUUCUCUUUAUAUACAGAAGAUCAGUUUAACAUACAUUAAGUAAAGAUUUCAACAGUUUUCUCCCACACAGAAACAUAAAGUGAAAAAUAAUAGAUGAUUUUUUAAAUGAUGAUGAAAUCAGAUCAGACCUAUUGUCAUGUUUAAUCCCAGUGAGAGUUAAGUUGGGAAUUGAUAAUUUCUUCUUUUUUUUUUUUUACAGAAGAUCAGUUUAGUAUACAUUAAGUAAAGAUUUCAAUCGUUUGCACCCCCAUAGAAACACAAAGUGAAAUAUACUGUUUGAGUACUCGUUAUAGCAUUAAGUCUCAAUGUACAGCACAUUAAGGACAGAGAUCCUACAUGAGGAGUAAGUGCACAGUGACUCCUGUUGUUGACUUUACAAAUUGACACUCCUGUUUAUGGCAUCAGUAAUCUCCCUAUGCACCAGUCAUGAGUUUCCAAGGCUACGGAAGCCCCUUGAGUUCUCCGACUCUUAUCUUGUUUAGACAAGGUCAUAGUCAAAGUGGAGGUUCUCUCCUCCCUUCAGAGAAAGGCACCUCCCUCUUUGAAGACCUGUUCUUUCCACUGGGAUCUCACUCACAGAGAUCUUUUUGCCAGAGUGUCUUGGCUUUCCAUGCCUGAAAUACUCUCAUGGGCUUUUCAGCCAGAUCGAAGUGCCUUUAGGGCUGAUUCUGAGGCCAGAGUGCUAUUUAGGACAUCUGCCAUUCUAUGAGUCUGCUGAGUAUCUCGCUUCCCAUGUUGGAUCGCUCUCCCCUUUAUUUAUUCCAUCGGUUAGUAUUAGCAGGUACUAGACUUGUUUAUGUGCUCCCUUUGAUUCUUAGACCUAUCAUUAUGAUCCAUUGUGAACUGAAAUUGAUCACUUGGACUAGUGAGAUGGCAUUGGUACAUGCCACCUUGAUGGGAUUAAAUUGGAGUACCCUGGUAUGUUUCUAACUCUACCAUUUGGGGCAAGUCAGCUUGAGCAUGUCCCAAAUUGUACAUCUCUUCCCUCUCUUAUUCCCACUCUUAUGUUUAACAGGGAUCACAUUUCAGUUAAAUUUAAACACUUAAGAAUAACUGUGUAUUAAUUACAGAAUUAAACCAGUCAUAUUAAGUAGAACAGACAAAAACCUACUAAGAGGGAUAAUGUUUUAAGUUGUUCAUUAACAAUCAGGGCUAUGCUGAUCAAGUCACUGUUUCUCAUAGUGUCCAUUUCACUUCAACAGGAUUCCUUUUUGGUGUUCAGUCAGUUGUCACCGAUCAGGGAGAACAUAUGAUAUUUGUCCCUUUGGGACUGGCUUACUUCACUCAGCAUGAUGUGUUCCAGAUUCCUCCAUUUUGUUGCAAAUGACUGGAUUUCGUUGUUUCUUACUGCGGUAUAGUAUUUUAAAGAGUACAUAUCGCAUAAUUUCUUUAUCCAGUCUACCGUUGAUGGGCAUUUAGGUUGGUUCCAGGUCUUGGCUAUUGUGAAUUGUGCUGCAAUAAACAUUAGGGUGCAGGCCGCUUUUUUGUUUGCCAAUUUAAAUUCCUUUGGGUAAAUUCCAAGGAGUGGGAUGGCUGGGUCUAAUGGUAGGGUUAUAUUCAGGUUUCUGAGGAAUCUCCAGAUUGACUUCCAUAGUGGCUUAACCAGUUUGCAUUCCCACCAACAGUGGGUUAGUGUCCCUUUUUCCCCACAUCCUCUCAAGCAUCUGUUGUUGGUAGAUUUCUGAAUGUGAGCCAUUCUAACCGGGGUGAGGUGAAACCUCAUUGUGGUUUUGAUUUGCAUUUCCCUGAUGGCUAGUGACCUUGAACAUUUUUCAUGUGCCUGUUGGCCAUUUGGAUUUCCUCUUGUGAAAAAUGUCUAUUGAGGUCCUUGGCCCAUCUCUUAAGUGGGUUGUUUGUUUUGAUGUUUUGGAGUUUCUUGAUUUCUUUGUAGAUUGUGGUUAUCAACCCUUUAUCAGUUGAAUAGUUUGCAAAUAUUUUUUCCCAUUCUGUCGGUUGUCUCUUCACUCUCCUGACUGUUUCUUUUGCAGUACAGAAACUUCUCAAUUUGAUGCAAUCCCAAUAGUUGAUUUUGGCUUUGACUGCCUGUGCCUCCCGGGUCUUUUCCAGAAAUUCUUUGCCUGUGCCAGUAUCUUGAAGGGUUUCUCCAAUGUUCUCUAAUAACUUGAUGGUGUCAGAUCGUAGAUUUAGGUCUUUAAUCCAUGUUGAGUGGAUUUUUGUGUAAGGUGUAAGGUAGGGGUCUUGCUUCAUGCUUCUGCACGUGGAAAUCCAGUUUUCCCAGCACCAUUUAUUGAAUAGACUGUCCUUGCUCCAGGAAUUGGUUUUAGAUCCUUGAUCAAAUAUAAGUUGGCUGUAGAUGUUUGGGUUGAUUUCUAUGUUUCAAUUCUGUUCCAUUGGUCUAUCCAUCUGUUUCUGUACCAGUACCAUGCUGUUUUGAUUACAACUGCCCUGUAGUAUGUCCUGAAAUCUGGUAUUGUGAUGCCUCCAGCUUUGUUUUUGUUGUACAAGAUUGCUUUAGCUAUUCGAGGUCUCUUGUGCCUCCAUAUAAAUUUCAGCAUCAUUUUUUCUAGAUCUGAGAAGAAGGUCUUCGGUAUCUUGAUUGGUAUUGCAUUGAAUCUAUAAAUUGCUUUUGGGAGAAUGGAUAUUUUGAUGAUAUUGAUUCUUCCAAUCCAUGAGCAUGGAAGAUUUUUCCAUUUCUUGGUAUCCUCUUCUAUUUCUUUCUUUAAGGUUUUGUAAUUCUCAUCGUAGAGAUCUUUAACGCCCUUGGUUAAGUUUAUUCCAAGGUAUUUGAUUGUUUUUGUAGCUAUUGUGAAUGGGAUUGAUCUUAGAAGUUCUUCCUCAGCCAUGGCAUUGCCUGUGUAUACAAAGGCUGUUGAUUUUUGUGCAUUGAUUUUAUACCCUGCUACUUUGCCAAACUCUUCUAUGAGUUCCAAUUGUCUCUUAGUAGAGUUCUUUGCAUCCCCUAAAAAAGAAUCAUAUCAUCUGCAAAGAGGGAUAGUUUGAGUUCUUCCUUCCCAAUUCAUAUCCCUUUAAUUUCUUUUUCUUGCCUAAUAGUUCUGGCUAGAACUGCCAGAACUGUAUUGAAUAGCAGUGGUGAGAGUGGGCAUCCCUGUCUGGUACCAGAUCUCAGUGGAAAUGCUUCCAGCUUUUCCCCAUUCAAUAGGAUGUUGGCUGUGGGUUUUUCAUAGAUUGCUUUGAUUGUAUUGAGGAAUGUUCCUUCCAAACCCAGUUUGCUUAGAGUUUUCAUCAUGAACGGGUGUUGUAUUUUAUCAAUUGCUUUCUCGGCGUCUAUUGAGAUAAUCAUAUGGUUUUUGUUCUGCAGUCUGUUAAUGUGGUGUAUCACAUUGAUUGUCUUGCACACAUUAAACCAUCCCUGCAUACCAGGGAUAAAUCCCACUUGGUCUGGGUGGAUGAUCUUGCUGAUGUGUUGUUGCAUUCUAUUGGACAGAAUUUUAUUGAGGAUUUUUGCAUCUAUGUUCAUCAGGGAUAUUGGUCUGUAAUUCUCUUUCAGUGCUGCAUCUUUUUCCAGCUUAGGAAUUAAGGUGAUGCUGGCUUCAUAGAAAGAAUUUGGGAGGACUCCCUCUUUUUCGAUUGUUCUGAAUAGUUUGAGAAGAAUUGGAGUCAGUUCUUCUUUAAAUGUCUGGUAGAAUUCAGCAGUGAAUCCAUCUGGUCCUGGGCUUUUCUUUGUUGGGAGGGCCUUUAUUACUGUUUCAAUUUCUGUCUCAGUUAUGGGUCUGUUUAGGUUUUCUAUGUCUUCCUGGUUCAAUUUAGGUAGGUUGCAUGUGUCCAGGAAUCUAUCCAUUUCUGAUAGGUUUCCGUGUUUGCUGGCAUACAAGUCCUUGUAGUAAUUUCUGAUGAUUCUUUUUAUUUCUGUGGUGUCUGUUGUCAUGUUUCCUUUUUCAUCUCUGAUUUUAUUGAUUUGGGUCUUUUCUCUUCUUUUGUUAGUUAGUUGGGCCAAUGGGGUGUCAAUUUUGUUUAUUUUUUCAAAAAACCAGCUCCUCAUUUGACUGAUUUUUUGUAAUGCUUUUUUGGAUUCAAUCCUGUUGAUUUCUUCUCUGAUUUUAAUUAUUUCUCUUCUCCUACUAGAUUUGGGUCUGGUUUGCUGUAGGUUUUCUAGAUCCUUGAGAUGUGUUGGAAGCUCAUCUAUUUGGUGCCUUUCCAAUUUCUUGAUGUAGGCACCUAUUGAUAUAAACUUUCCUCUUAACACUGCUUUUGCUGCAUCCCAUAAGUUUUGGUAUGUUGUGCUGUUAUCCUCAUUUACUUCCAGAAAAUUUUUUUAUUUCUCUUUUAAUUUCUUCUAUGACCCAUUGUUCAUUCAGGAGCAUGUUGUUCAUUCUCCAUGUAUUUGUGUAUGCUCUAGGGAUUCCUGAGUUGCUAAUUUCCAACUUCAUUCCUUUAUGGUCUGAGAAGCUGCAUGGUAUGAUUCUAAUUCUUUUGAAUUUGCUGAGACUUGCUUUAUGGCCUAGUAUGUGGUCAAUCCUAGAGAAGGUUCCAUGUACUGCUGAGAAGAAUGUAAAAUCUUUAGCUGUAGGAUUGAAAGUUCUGUAUAUAUCUGUUAGAUCCAUUUGGGCUUUAGUGUCGUUUAAAUCUACUGUAUCCUUGUUGAUCUUCUGUCCUGUUGAUCUGUCUAUUUCUGAGAGUGGAGUAUUGAGGUCCCCCAGUACUAUUGUAUUGGGGUCUAAGUCUCCCUUUAAUUCCCUUAACAAAUCUUUUAGAUAAACCGGUGCCCUGUAGUUAGGUGCAUAUACAUUGAUAAUUGUUAUAUCUUCUUGUUGUAUUGAUCCCUUAAUCAUUAUAUAGUGUCCCUCUUUGUCUCUCUUAACAGUUUUUGUGGUAAAGUUUAUGUUGUCCGAUACUAAGAUGGCUACGCCCGCUCUUUUUUCAUUUCUGUUGGCAUGGUAUAUCUUUUUCCAGCCUUUCACUUUCAGUCUGUAUGGAUCUUUGUUGGAAAGAUGUGUUUCUUGUAAGCAGCAAAUAGAUGGGUUUUGUUCCUAAACCCAGUCAGCCAAUCGGUGUCUUUUAACUGGACAGUUCAGGCCAUUCACGUUCAAUGUGACUAAUGAUAGGUGGUAACUUUGCCCUGCCAUUUGCCAAAGAUAAGUUCUAAUAUAUGCUUUGAAUUCCCUGUGAUCUUUUUCUGUGAGGUUUCCUUCCUUUACCUUCUUUCAUAUUGAUGACCGUGUUUCUGUGUCUCUGUGUGUAACACAUCUUUAAGCAUUUUUUGCAGGUCUGGAUGAGUGGCGACAAAUUCUUUCAAUUUCUGUUUGCUAUGAAAAGUCUUUAUUUCACCUUCAUUCCCAAAUGAGAGCUUUGCAGGAUAUAAUAUUCUGGGCUGGCAGUUUUACUCUCUUAGUACCUGUGCUAUAUCUCGCCAUUCCCUCCUAGCUUGUAGGGUUUCUGAUGAGAAGUCAGCUGUGAGUCUGAUUGGAGAUCCUCUGAGAGUAAUCUGACGUUUCUCUCUUGUACAUUUUAGGAUCUUUUCUUUAUGUUUCACUGUGGAGAGUUUAAUUACAACGUGUCGUGGUGAGGAUCUCUUUUGGUCGUGUUUAUUAGGGGUUCUGUGAGCUUCCUGUACUAGGAUUUCUCUGUCCUUCUCUAAACCUGGGCAAUUUUCUGCUAAUAUCUCACUAAAAAGGCCUUCUAAUCCUUUCUCCCUCUCCAUGCCUUCAGGAACUCCUAGAACCCGGAUGUUGGGUUUUUUAAUAGUAUCCUGCAGAUUCCUGACAAUAUGUUUUAGAUUUCCAAUUUCCUCUUCUUUUCUUUGGUCUGACUGUAUCCUUUCCUGUUCUCUGUCUUCUAAGUCUGAUAUUCUCUCUUCUGCUUCACCCAUUCUGUUUGUAAGGCUCUCUAUUGUGUUUUUCAUUUGAUCUAUUGAAUUCUUCACUUCAUUAUGAUUUCUCGUCACUAUCCCAGUUUCCUGUUGUACUAGUUGUUUCGUUUCAUUUUGAUUCCUCCUUAAUAUUUCAUUUUCACGAGAGAGAUUUUCUAUCUUGUCCAUUAAGGAUUUCUGUAGUUCAAGAAUUUGUUUUUGAGAACUUCUUAAUGUUCUUAUCAAUUUUUUGAGAUCUGCUUCUUGCAUUUCUUCUAACUCAUCAUCUUCAUAAUCUUGAAUUGGGGUGUCUUUUUCAUUUGAGGGCGUCAUGGUGACUUCCUUGUUUUUAUUACCUCGGUUUUUGCAUUUGUUAUUUGGCAUAUUGGAGAUAUUUGGUUUCUUCACUGUGGUGCUUUUUCUUGUUAUACUAUGACUCUAGAUUAAGUGGACUGUCUGUUUUUGAUGGAGCCUUAGAGGCUUGAGAUGGGUGUGGCCUGAGAGCUCUGUUUGGUGUGCCAAAGGUGACACUCCCAGGUUAGGUGUGGUAGAUCUCUCUCUCUCUCUCUCUUUCUUUUUUUUGAUUCAAAAGGGAAGUAAUUCCGCACAGCUCAACGAAGUUGGAGUUAGUUAGCAGGCAAAUGAUACACCCACAGGAGCCAGAGAUCGGAAGCUCUUUCCCAAGGACCACACAGGGAAUCUGUUCUGCCCUCAGAGUGGGCUCAAAUUCUCCUUCAGUCUCCCACUGGGUUUCCAAAGUUACGGAAUUGUAGUGUCUCUGGAGAGUACUCACGUGAAUUCCGUGAGUUCUCUCCCCCACCGUCUCUUUUUUCACAGUCUCAGUUCAGUAGCACCACAAAUUUACUAGGUCCUAAUCUAUUAAUUCGCCCCGCCCAGAGUCAGGUUUUUCUGCUAGGCUCAGGGCCGGUGCAGACCUGAGGUUGCUCUGCUUAUGACGUAUGUCCAAGAUGGCGCCUGCUCUUUGUCUUGCUCGCCCUUGAGAGGUGAGCAGAGAGAGAGAAACCUGUGUCUGUACCAGUCACCUUUUUUUUCUCUCUCUCUCUCUUCCAGUUAGUCUGGUGAACUUUCCCCCCCCGGGGGUCAUUCCCUCUAGUCUCCUCUCUCUGCUUGCCUGCCGGUGUCUCAGGCUAUUGAGGUUCGGCUCACCUCGCGUUCCAGUGCUGGUGUGCUGAGUCUGCCGCUGGUGUCCCGAACUGUGGGCUCCCACGCUCUCCACACAGGUCCACUGUGAAUCACUCAUUCCGGAAGCGUUUCUUCUGCUGUUUCCUCCCCUACUCUUCCUUGAACCUGCAGUAUCUCCACUUUUAUUAAACUGUCUCUCCCCGGACUAUCAGUGUGCUCCCUUCCUAUUCCGCCAUCUUCCAGAGUGAUUCUUUAACAUGGGAGUUAGAUUAUGUCACCUUUGAUUUAUUGUUUAUUUGUGUGGAUUAUGAAAAGGGCAUGGAUCCUUAUCAGUUGUGUUCAUUUAUAUUUUACAAGCUCUUAGGACAGUGCCUUGGCCCACGAUGGAGCAAAUUAAUACCUGUUCCUACAAGGAAGCACUGAUAGAGAAAAUAACUUAAUCACUCAAUAUCUCAUGAGCAGUAGCAGAGUUUUAUUCAGGUCCUUGAACUCAAUUCUGGCCCUCUUUUCACUAUCCCUGUGCUGCCUCCUAGGUAUGUUGCCCGAAUCCUCAAGGUGAAAGACGUCUGGGUUCAUUUCAUGGUUCUGCCCCAAAGCAGGCAGAAUGUGAAGACAAUAACUUCUCACUUUCAGAUGGCAUUCAAUCUAAUGCUUAAAGUCCAUUGUAGAGCCAGAUAAGUCCAAUGAUGCUACCCAAAUGUUUCCAAGGUCUUCAAUAUCAGCAAAUAUGACUAAAAAAGUCAUUCGAGUGUUUAGUCAGAAAAGGGAGGCUGUCAACUGUACUAAUCUGCUUCUUAGAUUCUGAGGUAUAGCCAGAUCUAGUAACCUUGUUAAGUGAGACAGUUCUUCCCAGGGCUGGUUGCUAAAUGGUGACCUUUGGCUCAAUUGAUGCCCACAGUGGUUAUAUAUGAAAAUGUACUGGGUAAAACUGAAUGUGACUGGCGCCGCGGCUCACUAGGCUAAUCCUCCGCCUUGCGGUGCUGGCACACCGGGUUCUAGUCCCGGUCGGGGCGCCGGAUUCUGUCCCGGUUGCCCUUCUUCCAGGCCAGCUCUCUGCUGUGGCCAGGGAAGGCAGUGGAGGAUGGCCCAAGUGCUUGGGCCCUGCACCCCAUGGGAGACCAGGAGAAGCACCUGGCUCCUGCCAUUGGAUCAGCGCAGUGCGCUGGGCUGCGGUGGCCAUUGGAGGGUGAACCAACGGCAAAGGAAGAACUUUCUCUCUGUCUCUCUCUCUAACUGUCCACUCUGCCUGUCAAAAAAAAAAAAAACUGAAUGUGAUAUCUGUUUAUUUACUUAUUUAUUUAUUUACUUUCUGUCUUUGUUUUGUGAAAUCAAACCCACAUCUAAAUUAGUGGUGUGAUGCUUUAAGAGGUUAUAACAAAUCUUUGUAUAGUUUUUCAACCUCUUUAAGUUAGAACUCACUGUGCAUAUAUAUUUAGGCAAAUAUGUGUGCUUAUUCUUUUACCUCAAAUACAAUGAGUUUUUGUUUCAAAAUAUACUUUUUCAGUCCCUUUACUCAAGCCAAGUCAAUUUCUUUCUUACUCUUCUGUUUCUUGAUUGUCCCUUCUUUCCCCUUUUUUUCCUUGCAUACCUUCCUCCCUCUCUGCCUUUCCUCCUUUUACUUCCUUCUCCUCCUUUCUGUCUUUCUCUUUUGCUCAUACUGUUUUCCUCAUAAAAGGCCCUCUUCUUUCUUUUCUGGCAAUACAAAUACAUCACUAGCUAAAGAUGCAGAUCAUCUAAUGAGAAGCCUUUUCUGGCUGUCAUACUCAAAUCGUAGAAUUAUUUUUUUUUAUUCUAGAAGUUUCCAAUGAUUCUCCUUGCUACUAUAAAUAUUUUAUUGCUUAUAGUCUCAUUCUUUUCUCUUUCGUCAUCAUUUUAUAAUCACAUGCUUUUUUGCACUCAUUGGAUUAUCAAAUUCUUGAGUGCAGUGACUUUGACUUCUAUAACCCUUAGAUUUUCCUUUUUACAUAUUAGUGCAGGCAGAGUAGACAGUGAGAGAGAGAGACAGAGAGAAAGGUCUUCCUUUUGCCGUUGGUUCACCCUCCAAUGGCCGCUGCGGCUGGCGCACUGCGGCCGGCGCACCAUGCUGAUCCGAUGGCAGGAGCCAGGUGCUUCUCCUGGUCUCCCAUGGGGUGCAGGGCCCAAGCACUUGGGCCAUCCUCCACUGCACUCCCUGGCCACAGCAGAGAGCUGGCCUGGAAGAAGGGCAACCGGGACAGAAUCCGGCGCCCUGACCGGGACUAGAACCCGGUGUGCCGGCGCCGCAAGGCGGAGGAUUAGCCUAUUUAUUCUUAACAAACACAGUGCUGAAAGCAACCAUUCUAUUUUAUCUUCAUUUUGGAGGGUAUGUACUCAACUCUAACUUGACUGAGUGGUUUUUUCCUUGUGACUGUUUUGAUCAAUAGAAAAAUAGGGCUGAAGUGUGAUCAUAUGUAGGAAGGAUGAUUACCCCAAGAUAAUCGCACUGUAAGAAGCCCACAUGGAAAGGCUCUGGAUGAUGAGAUGCCAUCUGGACAGAGAUAUUCAGUUAAACUGAAUAAAAUUCUAGUUUCUAAAAUUUAAGAUUACCAUCCUCAAAUGAGCAUUAGGCUAGUCAUGAAGAUGCUCACAUCCCUCUUCAAAGUACCUGGCUCCGGCUCUUGGCUCCAGGUCCCUACUGAUGUGGACUGUGAGACACCAGGUGACGACGCAGGUAAUUUGGCUCCUGCCAUCCAGUUGGUACAUCAUCCAGAUUGUCUUCCAGGCCCUCAGCUUGGGCCCAAGUUCAUCCCAGGCCAUUCCAAGUAUUUGUGUGUGGGGUAUCUUCUCUCUUUCACUCUCCCCUUCCUUCUCUCUCAAAUGCAUAAAAGGCUUAUGGUCCUGUGUGUGUGCAUGCAUUUGUAUUUAUGUGUAUUAAGAUUUGAGUAAGGUUUCUGAUGAGAACUAGACAGUCCAUCUUAAAGUUUUUUUCUUUUUUCGACACAUCUUAAAGUUUUAAGGUGGAACAUUGUUAUUAUCUUAUUCAGUACUAACCUUUGUUCAUCUUAUUUCCUUCCAGGACUACAGCAAAAGUAUCUGGCAUGUUUCAUGUACUUGGUAGCUAUUGAAUACUCAACCAUUUGGAGUAGAGUUUCUCAGAAAAUGGAACUACUCCUGCUGUUAAACUAAUACUGGUUUGAUCAAACUGGGAAUUUUCAGUCAAUACAGACUGCUUCAACGUCCCAGAAACUUGAGGAAAAAUGUUGGUCCUUAGCGUUGUUUGGCUCAUUGCAGUUUGGGUGAAUCUUGUACAUGGGAGUAAACCGUCCCUCUUAUUGAUUCUUACCUGAAGUCUGAGGAAAUGCAGAUGAAAAAUCUUUUGCUAAGUCCUUGGAAUCAAAUAUCCUUCACUGAAACAUUACUGGAUAUGGAAUGAAUCAGAAACAUGUGGAUUAAAUUUCCCUGAAAAUUUCUUUGGUAAUAAAAAUUAAAGGAAAAGUGUUUGGCUAGAGCAUUGUGGGUGAUGCCAAACCCAAAUUGCUUGAAAAAUGUGUGUGCUGGUUAGAUAAACAAACAAAUAAAAAUAUAAACACAUUUUAUUUCCCUCUUGCCUGGUAAAACCUCACACUUGUUGUAAAAAUAUCAGGUCAGUUUGAAGCCAGGUUUUAUUAAAGAUUUUGAGAAGUUCAUGAUUUUUCUAUUUGUCUCAUCAUUAGAGACAAGUAGCUACAUAGAUAAACCCUUCUGAGAAUGUAAGUAAACAAUGCUGAUGCUUCCCAAUAGAAUCCGAUGGAUUGAAUGAGGUAAGAUGUAUUUGUAAAAUGCAUUUGAUUUCUGAAUAUUAACUGAAAUUUUCAUCUAUGGUAGAUUUCUUCAAAAAAGAAGCAGCUGUUCAAUUUAAACUAUUCCUGAAAUAUUCAAAAACUUGGACUUGAUAUGCAUAUAUGAAAAGAAGGAUGGAAUGCUUUCAUUGUUCAAAGAAUAAACUUGAAAGUAAUUAGUCCCCCAAGUUAGAGUUACUUAGUGGAAGGGAAGUAUGUGAAGUUUAAAAUAAACAUUGUGAUGGCUGCUAUCAUUCUUUUCAUGCUUUACGUAAAAAAAAACUUAAAAGCUGGCUAGUAAAGAGAACCGUGAGUAUAUGGUCCUUUAGACAAACAUUGAGUAUAUAUGCUCUUGUAUAGAGCUCUGAACCUCGGAAAAAGAUAUCCAGAAAAUAAGUGUGCUAUAAAAUAUUCCUAAAAUUGGCUCUCUCACUUUAGUGUGUGUAAAUAUCACUUGGAAAUGUUAUUUGGUUGGUUUUUUUUCCCAAAGAAAUCUUUUAUUUAAGGAAUACAGACUUCAUAAAUUUCAUAAGUACAACUUUAGGAAUACAGUGAUUAUUUCUACAAUACCCACUCUCCCACCCACUCUCCCACCCCUCCUUAUUUGUUUUUAAAUUUUUAUUUAUUUUCACCUACUUGGAGGCAGGGAAACAGAGGAAGGGAGGAAGAGAGAGGGAGAGGGAGAUGGAGUGGGAGAGGGAGAGUGAAAGGAUUAUGUUAUCUUCUUUCAGGUGAUUCCCUCCCCAGUUGUCUACAGUAGUCAGGACUGGAUCAGGCUGAAGUCAGGAUCCUGGAACUCCACCCUGGUCUCCCAUGUGUGUGGCAGGGACCCAAGUACUUCAGUCAUCAUUCACUGUCUCCUAGGAUGCAUUAGCAGGAAACUGGAUUAGAAGUGGAGGAGCUCGGACUUGAGCUGGCAUUCCCAUAUGGGAUAUGGAUGUCCCAAGUGCAGCUUAUCUGGCUGAGCCAAAAUGCCAGUCCUUGGAAAUGUUAUUUAAAAUACAGAUUAACACUGUCUCCUUCCCUACCAGAGACUAUGAUUUGAAUCAGGGCCCAGGAAUCUGCAUUUCCAUAUAAAUUCAAGUUGAUUCUGAUGAACACUAUCCAGGUAGCAAAACUGUAGAAUUAGAAAACUGAAAAACAUAAAGAGAUUAAUAUUGAGAAGAAUCAAGACAUUUCAUUCUUAAGACAUGGUGAGACAUAGAUUCAACUUAUUGGACACCAGUUUCUAUAGGUGCUAUUUUUCAGAUUAUAAUGAGAAGUUUCCAGAAAUGUAUCUGCUCAUUCAAGAAAUAUUUGUUUAAUGCCAAAUAAAUUCUGCAAAUAUGAGAACGUAAGUCCAUGCCCUCAUGCAUUUUACUUUGUAAUUGAGAGGCAAAUUCAAUAGGAAGCAAUACAUGAAGAGCUCAUCAGUCAAGUAGUGAGAAGUGUUGAGGAGAUAGACAAAGUGGGGAAAGGGAUAACAUUUUAGAAAGAAUGGAAAGAAAAGACCUUUGAAUGAAACAGUGUCAAGGAGAACCUACAGGGGCAAAGCAUCCAGGAUGAGGGAACAAUUGGAAAGGAUUCAAGGUGGUAGCACCACUGACCUUGUAGCUAAAAUGCAGUGGACUAGGAGGAGAAGAGCAGGAAAUCAGGUAAAGAGAGCUAAACAGGAGUUGGUUGGGGGUUCAAUAGAUUUUAGUUUCCCCUCUGAGUGAGUGGCAUGGGAGGCCAUUAGAGGGCUUUGAGCAAAUAUGAAUCUCAAACAGAAUGUUUCUACCAUAAAUGAAGUAGAUUUAAAAUAUUGAUUCAAUUACUCUAUAGCAAUUACACUUAGCCAUGUACAGUGUAUAUUGGAUGGAUAGUGUUUACAGAGUAGAAGGAACUGCAUAAAAUGUGAAAAUUUUGACCCUAUCCUCAAAAUGUAUUAAAAUAUAUAGGGAUUAUAUAGAUAAACUAGUCCUUGAACAAUUAUUAUCCAAAAUAGUCAAUCUUUGCCUCAAAAUUUUAGGAUUUUAUAAACAUAUAAAUAUUCAUUAUUUUCAUUAUGUAUGAAGGAAGUGAGAAUUUGGCCAUGUUGGUAGAAAGAUAUUUGAAACCCAUGAAUUAAAGUAGAAUGUAUACAUCUAUGGUUAAUGAAAUCUUCCAUUUUUAUUUUCUUAAGAUUUACAGUUUUAAAUAAAUUUCAUUAAUACUUGCUAAGUGACAUUAAGAAUAAUAAGUCAGAAUCAAUAACUUUCCUAAACUAGGGUACCCAAGAAGAUGUAACAAGUCAUAUGAAAUAUUUGUGAAUAACAACUGUUUCCAAAAUAUUCAUUAUUUAGUCACUAGUAAAUUAUAGCUGAUAUUUCAUAUGAUAGAGUAUACAUAUAGAAGUAUUUGUUUUUUGGUUUUCUGAGAUGUAGAUGGACUCAGAGGAAAGAUGAUGGUGCUUUAAGUUAAUAGGUGGUGCUAAUGUUGGAGUGAAAGUCAAUAUAAAAAUAACUGGUGACAGAGCUUGGCUAAAUAAGGACUUUUUGUGUGUUUUGAUAGAAAAGAUGUAGUCAUUUAUUUAAAAUCAGAGUUACAGAGACUGAAGGAAAGAGAGAGAGAGGAAGAGGGAGAAGGUGAGGGAGAGAGAGAGGGAGAUAGAGAUUGAGAUUCUUUCUGCUGGUUCACUUCCGGAAUAGCUGACAUGGCCAGGGCUGGACCAGACCAAAGCUAGCAACCCUGAACUCCAUCUGGGUCUCCUACUGUGUGUGUGUGUGGCUGAGGGGAGGGUGGGGGUGGGGAUGGGACAAGCACUUGGGCCAUCUUCUGCUGCCAGCAUUACAGGCAGUGUCUUAAUGUGCUGUGCUACAACUCUAGCCCCAUAACAAGGACUCUUAUAUGUUGUCUUCCCUGGCGGUAUCUUGAUCUCGUCUUCUUUGUAGCUAAUUAAUAAUGGCAGGUAAUUAGUAUGACUGAAUUUCUUUGUCAAUAAACUGAUGUCACUUAUCUCCAGAAAGAUAUAUUCCAAUAUAUUUUCAUUACUGAUACAAAUCUUCUAGUCAUUAACUCUUGGAUUCUUUAAUUCCACUUUACUUCUGUGUUAAAUAGAAUGAUAUUAAAUAUGCUUCCAGUAUUUUAUAGAGUCCUGGGUAUUUCCCUCAUGAAGAAAUAUGGAAUAUUGAGGACAUAGAUAUGUUUGCCCUGAUUGGACAUUGUGCAAUACAUACAUUUAUAGAAGCAUAGCAUGGUAUCCCAAAAAUGUAUAUAAUUAUUUGUCAGUUAAAAAUAAAAUAAAUAAAAAGAAAUAAAAAUUUAGUGAAACUGACUUAACAUUAUACUAACUCAAAAGUACUAAAAUAGUAUUUAGUGUAAUUUUAUGAAGAACCAUAGAAUAAUAAGUGGUAAUUAUAUGGGAAGCAAAUAUCAGACCUGAAAAGAUUAGUUUGAUUUUCCAGAUGAGGAAAUGAAGUUAAUUGGCUUGUCACUUUCCUAUAGCUAACCCAUGUCAGAACUGGAACAAGUCCAGUUUACCUCACUUUCAGUGUCAGUUUCUGGAAUGUUCUAAAAUGUCCUUUAAUAAGAGUUGUCUAAGAAUUGGUAUAUGAAAGUCAUUAAACUAAAGACAAGUAGUUUAUCCAGUUUAUCACAUACAUUAAAUGUCAAAUAGUGAUAUGGGGUGUUAGAAUGAGAAGGAGCCUUGGAUAGUGUAGUUCAACUCUCAUUUUUAGAUAAGAAAUGUGUUUUGUGAUGCUUCCUGGCCGAGCUACUUUCUUCUUCAAGCUAGUAGUACUUUGUAACUCAGUGCUCUUCUAUAAAUCAUGACAUCCUGGAUUUUCUUGACAUGAUUAUUUGAACAAUUAUGUCUUGUUAUUUUCACUGGUGUUAAAAUAAAAAAUAUAGGUCUCUUAUUUCUUGAAAUAAGGUUUUCUAGUAACAGUCUCAAAAUACUGACUGUGAGCCACUUUACUGCUUUGCUCACCAGCCAUUUAGAACAUAAACUUCUGGAUUAGAAAAAUAAAGAAUUCAAAGAAAAAGAAGCAGUAUUUGGUUAAGUUGGCCAGGCUUUCUUUUCUUCUUUAGUAUUCAAGUAGACAAUUUGUACAAUUUCCUUUACUUUGAUCUUAGCUGCCCACGUUAGCAAGUUGCAGGCACAAAUUGCUUGCCCAUCCAUCUAUCCACAGACUUUGAAGGACAUGGAAAAAAAAAUCCACCCUUUUGUGAAAUUUCCAGACUGAAAGUUCUUACAGUUGUUGCUGCUGCUGACUUGGACCAUGUGAGGCAGCUCCAGCCAGGGCUGCCCCCAAGCCACCCACCCUGCCAAACCUUCUGGUCUUGCCAGCAUCAUUUCCUGAAUGAUGAAGCUCCCCGUGUGUGUCCACUGGCAUGCCUUGGAGAUCAGGAACACCCAAUCAGGAAUCAAUUAAUGGGAGAGAAUAACACAAGACAAAGUUUCUAUUUUACUUGGAACUAUGAUAACCACAAAAUGGCUCUGGGUAUUUUGUGAAUCAGAUUUCUGUCAAACUCGUGUAUUUUUUUUAAUCUGGAUACACUUCAGUGAUUGUACUGUUCUUUGUUAAGAACUGUUUGAUGUUCAAAAACCUUGAAGCCAUUUAGACUACUUUCUUUCCCCCCUUUUCAAAUAGAAGUUUGCAUUUUGUCCACCACAAAAAGAGUGUAAAUGCCAAGAGGUCUGAGCGUACUUUGAAAGUCCAAACCCACAAACUCUGAUUGGCUUCUAAACUUGGCCAGACACACUCUCCAGGGCUCCAGACGUUACAUCAAAUGAGGCAGUAUCAUGUCAUAAUCAGGGCAUGUUACCUGAAUUCAAAUCCCUCUACUGAGACUUUCAGCCAAUUGCCUCAUUUUAUUCAACCUCAGUUUACUUCAUCUUCUAAUGGGAUAAUAAAAGUGCCAAGUACUUUUUAACACUGUAUGUGGGCCUUUGUGAUCCUGACACACAAUAAGCACUUUAUGAGAAGAUUGAGAGAACUAUCGUUUUGGUGAGGCCUAUUUGUAUUUUGUAUUUCUUUUGCUCUUUUUUUUUUUUUUUUUUUUUUUUUUUUUUGACAGGCAGAGUUCGACAGUGAGACAGACAGAGAGAAAGGUCUUCCUUUUCCGUUGGUUCACCCCACAAAUGGUUGCUACGGCUGGCGCACUGCGCCAAUCCGAAGCCAGGAGCCAGGUACUUCUUCCUGGUCCCCCAUGCGGGUGCAGGGCCUAAGCAUUUGGGCCAUAGCAGAGAGCUGGACUGGAAGAGGAGCAACCAGGACAGAACCGGCGCCCCAACCAGGACUAGAACCUGGAGUACCGGCGCCGCAGGCAGAGGAUUAGCCUAGUGAGCCGUGGCACCGGCCUCUCUUUCUAUUAAGUAUACUGAAAUGAUCAUUACUAAUAAAAGAGAUUAAAUAAGCAAUUAUAUAAUGUUAUUGAGGAUUAGUUUUAAAAAUCAUUUAAAAAGAUUGUUAAUGGCUAUUACUUAAGCAGCAAUUUCUAACAUAUUUUAAUAGUGCCAUCAUUUCUUUUCCUUUGUCUUUCAUAGUUUAGUCCAAAUUAAAGUUUUUCCUCACUUUUAUUAAACCAAAAUUGAUAUUCUUUUCCCAUUUUCUUAGUCUCUAUACCCAAGUGUAUACAUCAAGUGCAUUUGGUAUUGUUUUUGUUUUCUUUUUUAAAAAAAUUCAUUUUUGUAUUUGAAAGAUAGAAUUACACAGAGAAAGAGAGAGAGAGAGAUCUUCUAUCCACUGGUUCACUCCCCAAGUUGACACACAGAUGGAGCUGGGCCAAUCUGAAGUCAGGAGCCAGGAACUUCUUCCAGGUUUCCCACAUGGGUGCAGGGGCCCAAGCCCUUGGGCCAUCUUCUGUGUUGCUUUCCGAGGCCCAUUAGCAGGGAGCUGCAUUGGAAUUAGAGCAGCUAGGACAGAACCAGUAUGAGAUGUCGGUGCAACAGGCAGCAGCUUUACCUUCUACCCCACAGUACUGGCCCUGUUUUUGUUUGGUUUUAAGAACAAUUUUCUGUGGGCCAAUGCUGUGGCAUAGUAGUUUGGGCUGAUGCUGCAGCACAGUAGGUGAAGCCCGCACCUACAGUGCCAUAUUCCAAAUGGGUGCAGAUUCUUUUCUUGCCUGCUUCUCUUUGCUUAUGGCCUGGGAAAGCAGUAGAAGAUGGCCUAAAUGCAUGGGCCCCUGCACCCAAGUGAGAGACCUGGAAGAAGCUCCUGGCUCCUGGCUUUGGAUUGGCCCAGCUCUGGCUGCCACGGCCAUUUGGGGGAGUGAACCAGUGAUUGCAGACCUCUCUUUCUCUGUGUCUCCCUCUCUCUCUCUCUGUAACUCUGCCUCUCAAAUAAAUAAAUCUUUUUUAAAAAGAGCAAAUUUUUUGGAGGAAAUGUACGAAUAGUUUCAAGAGAUUAAAACAAAUUGAAGUUGCAGAGACAAAAAAGUAAGAGGAAAGAAAGAGGAAUAAAUCUAGGGAUAUCAAGAAAGUGAGCUAGAAAUCCAGCUUUGAAAAUUCCUGAAACUAACAUACAGGAUGUGGGGAGCAACCCGGACUAGACUAAGUUACUGGAAUUAAGACUUAUUCUAUGCAUCUGCUCUCCCACAAUAUGGCGCUGGGAGAGGAGGAAACAGCUUCUACACAGCUGCCUCCACUUCAACCAAUAAACAGCAGGACCUGCUCCUGAUUGGAGGAGAGCAGCGUACUCGGCGUGUGGGUAGCAGAGUUGGGAUUGGUGGAAGAGGACUAUAAAGGAGGAGAGAGACAACAUGCACCAGGAACAUCUAUCUGAAGGAACACCUGUGCAGCCCCCGAGAGAGCCGGCCGGCGGUAUGCCGCUCCCCCGCGGAAGUGGGGAAGGUGGCAGGGGGAACCGCCCUUCCACGGAGGUGGAAGGGACGGUAGCCAACCCGGGAAGAACCAGCAGCAAACCCGGGCAGACGAAAGAACAGCGCAGGGUCCUGUGUCGUUCCUCCACGAAGACGGGGAGCGACACAGGAGAAAUCAAACUGACUUAACAUGUGAGUGCUUGUAAACUAGCUGGCAAAGUUCUAGUAGAAUUCACAUAGGUCCCAGUGAUACAUGAGUGUGCAGAUAUGGAGUGUUUUGUGAGAAACUCCACAUAGGAACUCAAAAAUAUAAUUGACUUCAACAGGGGCACUGCAUUGUGGUGAGGAUCAACAGCCGAUCACUGAAUGCUGUAUUUACUUCCUAGGAAUAUUAAUGUCUGUGCUUCCUGGAAGACUCUGACAUGAUGUAUGUCAAGUGAGCGAAAAAAAUAGGUAAAUAAGUAAAUGAAUGAGUGAAUAAGUAAGUAAGAAUAAGUAAGUUUUGUAAUCAAAUAGUGUCAGCAAUAAAGUAUAAUUAAAUUUACAUUUGCAUUACAAAUAGAAUGCAUUACAAGUAGAAUGUUCUGAGACAUGCACUACUCUAAUAAAAGCUGUGCUGUUUGAAUAGUAUGAGACUAAGCACACUAUUUUGACAGGUCAAGAGGUUGGAACCUCUUGAAUGACAGGAAAAAUAAACCAAAUGAGUCACUCUGUUCCACUGUCAGCUUGUGAGAUAAGGGGACAAGGAGAAUAGUGAAUUCACUCAAUAAAUCAUCACUACCUACUUUCUCCAUCCUAGAUGAUACUGGACAGCCUAGAGAGAUGAAACAGGACAGGCAUAUAAUGUCCAGUGAUGUCUCAAAGGGAAGAGUUGCUAGGCUAAAAGGCCAAGGGUCACAUGUCUUGUCAUAGCACAGCUCUCACCUAGGGAUUGGUUAGGACCCAGGUUAUUAUGAAACAAAACACACUUUCAUGCUAGAAGGUGGCCACCUAGGAAGCCUCCCUCAUAGAAAGUCACUGAUCUCAAAUUUCUAACUAUGCAAACCAAAACCCUUGAACAAGAAGAAUCAACUGAGAUUCAUCUCAGUUCCUUAAUUUACAGCCAUUUCUCUAUUGGCAACAAUUUAAUUGGAAUUAUUUUAGGCUGAGUUUUCCUACAACAGAUUGUGAGAUGGAGAUUAAUAUGCAAGAUAUGUGUUAGGAAGCACUUUGGAGAUCAAUAUCAAUAGAAGGGAGGGAAAGGAAGCAGGAUUGUGGAAGAGAGAGAAGCUGGAAUGUGAUUUAGUUGCACUGAAGACCCCAGUAUAUUCUUUGGGGAACUCUGGAGCUGGGAUGACACUUUAGAAUUUGGGGAAGGAAGAAUGGGCUUUUAUAUCCCUGCAAUGAUUGGGACUGGAUGUGGCUAUUUAAUGGGGGCUUCUUCUCCAAGUAGAUGUGGUGUUAGGCAAGGUGGAUUUCUCCCACGGAGACAAUCCUCCAAGAAGGCUUAAUGCAUAGGACCUUCUUCAGGCAGCACUGCCAGUAGCUGGGAAAAUGAAUUCCUUUUUCCAAAAGGGGAACCUGAGCACAACAUUCCCCAAAAGCGCUCCCUAUGUAUAUCUUGUAGUUUCCUUUUAAUAUCAUUCAAAUGAAUAAAGAGCUAUUAAAGUAAUUUCAUUCCACAAAUGAUAUUAAAUCAGGCAAAAUAUUAUGCUUAGAUGCAAUCUUCAUUGUAUAAUCACAGUUGAACCUUUAAUUACUGUCAUGUGCCACAUUUUGUUAGAUGAUUUUUAUGCAAAAUUCUUAUACAUAUUUAGUGGAAAAGUUGGGAGAGAUUUUUUAAUUAGCUCUUAGAUUUGGUCUACUAUACUAGAAUGAGGCAUGGUGGUAGAUUUAUGUUUGUGGAACAAUUUUUCAUUCCUGUGUUUCCACAGUGAAAGAUCUUUAGAGUUAAAUGGCUUUUAUAACAACACAAGAGGAUGUACCAAGAUGCACCAACUUAAAGUGUGUCAGGUUCCAAGUUUGUUAUGAUAUAGAUAUUAGUAUUUCUCAAGAGAUAAUAUUGUUUUCAUAAUAUUCUGUGUUGAUCCUUCUCAGAUGUCUGUUAUAUAUAUAAUAUACAUAAAUAUAUGUAUAUAUACAUUAUAUAUAUAUCAACAUACUUGGAGUUGGUCAACUUCAUCUAACUAUAAUUUUUAUAUAGUGGUAGAAUAGAGCAUUUUAGAGUAGGAAGAGGAGGUGUUCCAUUCUGGACACAGUGAAACCAUUCUCUGAUUCAUCAUCAUCUGAAUACUGAAAGAUAAGUAGGAGUUAACCCAGUAGAGGUAGUAGCUGAAGGGGACUCUUGGGAAGAGCAUUUCAUGCAAAAGGUAAACAUGUGUAAAGUCUGAAGUAGGAAACAGAAAAUGAGGCUGAGGUUUGCUUAUUUCUCCCCUUAGUUUGACUCUUUGGUCUCAUGAGGUUUAAUUAAUUUGGAACAUAAGUGAUAACAUAGCCUGUGGGUUAUUUUCUGUAUUUAAUUUUGAUGAAGUGUAUGUGAAUACUAUUAAUGAACUUUUGGUUUAAAGAAAAUCUUGAAAAUUUGGAAUGCAAUAUAAAAGCAGCUGCUACUGCAUAUAAUUUCAGUUAGGGGCUGCACUCUCCCCAAUACAGUCUGAAAGGGAUCUCCUAUCCAUUUAUUAUACUGUCUGAAUUCCUUCAAUGAAACCUCAUUUGGUCAGCUUUUGAAGGUUUCUUGGUUUUAUAUGGAGUCAUAAUUUACAAAGCAGGUAUACCUGAGGGACAUAAUAAUUUAGCAGGAAUUUAAUUUUCAUUCAGAUGAUGUAACAUAGAGAACACAGCCAUCAUGAAAAUGGAAAAAAAAGUGGAACCCAAAGAGCUGUAGGAUGGGGGUGGGAGGAAGGAGAGAAAGUAGGGAAACCAAGGCAUCAGAGGAAGUUUUUGAAAGAGCAUCAAAGGGUAUAGAAGCAAAGAUUUACCUUCUUGAGAAUUUAACCUCAGGACUCAAUUGCAAGGAAAAUUUAUCAGUGUUGCACAAUGCUAUUUCUCAAGUAGUUUUUUUCAACUUUCCCCUCUUCCCCACACAUUGUUCUCCCAGGGUUUGUAUUGGGGGGUACUAACAUGGAAAGGUGGGGAAGUCCCAGAAACAUGUAUACUCACCAUGGGUGAACUUCAUAGCCACCUUCCUUACAGAGAUGGCAGGCAGAUCAUUGUAUGGGUUUUGAUGUUAAGACUUAUGACACAGAGGCAUGAAUCAUCAUUUUUCAAUUUAUUUCCAUGAUGAAGCCUGAAGAGAAAACUGUAUCAAACAAGCCCUUGUCCUUUAUCCGUCAGCCUCUGGAGUUGACGGGGUGAUUCAUGCAGUGUGUUCUACCUUACUGCCUGAUUCACAGCAACUCAAAAUCUUUUAUGUGCAUUGCUCUAGAUAUACCCAUGACUCUUCCAUCAGCCUAGUGUCUGCAUUUUGAUAGUAAGUCAUAUGUUUUUAAGCAAUAUAUUGAUGAGUUUUAGAGUUUAAAUACUUUCAAGCAGCUGUCGGGCAAAUGGGUUUGCUUGUGCAGAUUCUGAUGAGUUGCUAUAUGUUGUGUAUUUUAUGCAUGUAUUUCCCCUUGUAUGUCCUUGCUUAGGGUGGGUUUUGGAAUUCAACCUUGACUGUUAAAAUGAAUUCUGUUGUACUUUUGUUUCUUCAGCCCUCAUUUUCAUCAUCUGUGACCUGAGGAAUGACAUGAUAGAUACUCCCAAAGGCUCUUCUGGUGCAGCUUGAGCUUGUUGUUCCAUGUACUAGACAUUAAUAAUAAUUCUGAUGCUGGCUAUCAGCAUUUGUUGGAGUUCUUUGGUGAAGGUUUGAUUUUGUGCUAUUUGAAGUUGUUCAGUGAACCUUUUCCACCACUCUGCAUUCUGUAUGGGUAUACUGGAAAUGCUCCUUAUUAAAUGAAACAUACAACCCAGACAGUGCUGUGGUGCUUGAACUCACCUUCUCAAAUCAGAGAGCAGUUAAUAACGUUAUUGAUAUAGAAAGAUUGGUUGGAUAUUGUGGCAGAGCAGGUUAUGCUGCCUCUUGUGAUGCCUGCAUCUUAUUAUCAGGGUGCCUGGGUUUGAGUUUUGCCUCUACAUCUGAUGCAGCUUCCAGCUAAUGUGUACCCUGUGGGGCAGCAGGUGAUAACUCAAGUACUUGGACCCUUGCCACUCAGAUAGAAGACCCAGAUGGAGUUCUGGGCUCCUGGCUUCCACCUGGCCUGGCCGCCAGGUUGUGGACAUUUGGGGAGUGAAGAUCUCUGUUUUUCUCCUUCUGCCACUCUGCCUUUCACAUAAAUGAAAAUAAACAUUAAAGCAAGGAAAAGAAUGAUUCAGUGAAUUGUGUACUCCUUUGAUUUCUUAGAUAGAUUAAUGGGAUGUAAAAGAUACAAUGUAGGAAUUUUAGUAAACACUCAAAUCAUUUGACCUGUUCAGUAAAAUAUAAACCACAAUAAUGGAACCUUAUUGUCAGAACCAUUGUCCAGUAUUUAUUAAGGUGGUAGUGCUAUAUGAGACCCUGGCAAACUAUAGUCUCCUUUCUAGAAUUGUUUAUUUCCAAGCAAGAAAACUGUUACUCAGUUUGUGCGAGUCAUUACAGUUUACAGCAGAGUUUGCAACUUUGUUGGAUUAGAAGAACAUUUAAUCAUAUAAGAAUUAUCAAUACUAAUUUCUAUAGAGGUGGAUGUUGAGAAACCUAUAUAGCUGUGAACUGAGCUAUGUAUAGCUCAUAUAGAGGUUAUAUAGUUAUGAAAUGGCAGAAUAAAUAUUCAGAUCCAGAUAUUUAUUGCUUUGGUUACAAAUGAUGCUAUGUCUAUAAAACACUGUUUUUCAGGAAGAGAGACUAGACUCUGAGUAAUAAAAUUAUUUUAACAUAAGCAAGGCAAGAAGUUCAGCUAUUAAAAUAUGGAAGAUUUGCAAGUACUGUCCAGCUAAACUUCUAACUCUGCUCUAAACCCCACAUGUAUGUGCAGGUGUGAUUUUUUUCUGUGACUCAGUGUGAGGCCUGAGGCUUAUCCACUGUCUACAGUUUCUAGUUACCAAAGAAAUGGAUGGGUCACUUCAGUACAUGUGACAGAUCAUGGGAUAAGCCUGAUGUUAGGAGUUCCCAGGGCAUGGUUCUCUGUGCUUUUUCUGUCUCUUUAGAUGGAUAUAUCUACAGGCAGACAGUGAUUGGCAUUUCUUGACCCCUCUCCAGCUCUCCAGUAGGAUCUUAGGCAUAGCUCUGUUCUUGGACACAAGAAAUUCAUUUGCUUACUCGCAGGGGUAGGGAACGUCUGGCCUGUGGGCUGUAUAAAGACCAUGAAAUUGUUUGGUGCAGUCCUACCAAGGCAAUUGCAGGUGGGACACAAAAUUCAAUAAAUCUAUAGCAGGCUGAUUUUGUAUGGCCUAUGGAUGAUGUUAUAAAUAUCCAAAUGGCCCUUGGCAGAACAAAGGUUUCCCAUCCCUGGUAGGGUGCCAUCAGAUAAUCAGCUUAAUGUGGGAGUUGCUCAGGAAAACUUCAUUGACUUGUGACAAGUAAAGGAAAUGUUGGGAAGGAAUAAUUUCCUAGUGAAGCUUGCCCCCCAACACACACACACCAAGAAGCAGUUUGCUAGGGCUCUUAUAAUAAUAAGGAUUAGGCCAGUGUCCAUUAUAUGGAAAGGCAGGGAGCAGAAGGACCAUUCCUGCUUGCACUGUGCAUCUUCAUAGAUCAUAUGUUCAAAGAUCUCUCAGACUGGUUUCCUGCAGCCUUCCUGGUUUGUGCUGAUCUAAUCCUCUGGGAGUACAGUGUUGCAAGAUAACUUUCCAGUAACAUCUGAAAAACAAGUUCAAAAAAGUAAAAUGUUUCAGAUUCUCUUCCUGCGUUCCAGUGACUCCUUUUUGCCUGAAUCUUUGGUUCUAGAUUACAACUUCUGCUAGAAAAAAGCUGAAGCUCUAGAAUUAAAGGAGACCUCAUAGUCUAACCCUCAUUUUCUGGAGGGCAAUUUUCCAUAUGUGUGCAUGCUCCUUUAAUUUGAAACAAUUUUUUUUGCAACAUUGUUCAAAACAUUAGAGAAGCAUAUUUAUGUAGAAAACCUGCUUCAGCUGAAUCUUCUAAAUGUCUGUUCAUUUACAUAUGGAUUAUUAUAGUCUUUGUGGGAGAAAUAAAGAAAGCCGGAAAGAAUUGGAAUCAGACAGAAGGUGAUACUUCCUUUUGCUGCUGCUGUUGAUCCUUCUUGUCCUCCUUUUUUAAAAUUAGUUUCUUAAAAGCUAGUCUAUCUGUCAUAGGGAUAGAGAGGAUUAUCUGUUUAUGUUGCUAUUAUCAGUGGCAUAGAAUAGAAGCCAUCAGUUUUUUGUCUUAAAUUGACUUUAACGCAUUUGACUGUGUUAAUGCAUGUAUGUUAUUGUUUCAAAAUCUGAUGUUUAUUUUCAUUUGCACUUUCUCUGAAUUCUUUAGGUUUCUUUUGAAAAUAUAUGGGAUCUUUCUCAUAAUGGGUGCAAAAGAAGUGCUUACUGAGUGAAUUUUCUUGCCACGCAUAUGUAGAAUUUCCAGGAAAUUAAUACAACAGAGCAGCAGAUAAGCUGGCAUAUGUACGACUGAUAAUCAUUAGGAAAAUUGCCCAUGGUUUUCUUCUCUGACAAGUGGAGAGAAGGAAAGGAAACUGAUGUUGAUUAAAAAUUUACCUGCAACUUUCACAUGCAAGAUAACAUUUAAAUCCUUAACAAUUUGGAAAGAGAGACCUUCUCACAUCAUUAUAUAUGUAUGAACAAUUAGAUUCCAAGAAGUUAAUUUGCUUUGGGUCAUGACCUUUAUGGUAAACUGACAUUCAAGUUCAGGUCUGUAUUUUACCAGACUUGUAUAUAUUUUCUCCACUAAAUUGCAACUCAGGCAGAUUUCAGUGAGUAUAUUUGGCUUCCUAAUUACACAAUACAUUCACAACAAUCUAUUUUGAUAAAUUAUUAACUAUUUUUUUUACCUUUGCAACCCUUGCCUCAUAGGGCAUAUUUUUUUCUCUCCCCACUCCUCUCUCACAACCUUGCCAUCUUGGUAUCUGGUGUUUAGUAAUGAAAGAAAUUUGGCAUCAUGACAUACUGAUGUGAUAUUAUAGAAUGGUCAAUGUUAAUAAGAUGAAGUUGGCCAGCGCCUUGGCUCACUUGGCUAAUCUCCGCCUGUGGCGCUGGCACCUUGGGUUCUAGUCCUGGUUGAGGCGCCGGAUUCUGUCUCAGUUGUUCCUCUUCCAGUCCAGCUCUCUGCUGUGGCCCAGGAAGGAGGUGGAGGAUGGUUCAGGUCCUUGGGCCCUGCACCCGCAUGGGAGACCAGGAGGAAGUGCCUGGCUCCUGGCUUUGGAUCAAUGCAGCGUGCUGGCCAUGGUGGCCAUUUGGGGGGGUGAACCAACGGAAAAGGAAGAUCUUUGUCUUUGUCUCUCUCUCUCUCUCACUGUCUAACUCUGCCUGUAAAAAAAAUAAUAAUAAUAAGAUGAAGUGUUUGUGUUUCAGUUUGAAGAAUCCAAAGGAUCUAAAUUUUUCUUCUUAAGCCCCUUCUCAUGCCUGUUUAUUGAUGACCAAAUCUGGAUGGAGCUGGUGUCCAAGUGAUUAUAAGACUGGACAAAGCAGGAAAUUUUCAGAUGCCCAGUUGGGGUUGUUUGGAUUUGUCUCAGAAUAAACCCUGAGACAAAGCCUGGGUGUAAAUAGUCUGCUUAGGAGGCAAUUCCAAAAACUCACAGUGAAGCAGUGUAGGAAGUGAAAAGGAGGGAGAAGGGCCAGUACAAGGUGCCUUAAUGAACACAUAUUUGCUGUUGGGCCAACCAGAGUCAUUUCCACUGAGGACUCUGAGAAGGUGACUGGGAUGGAAAGGGUGGGAGUUUAUUCAUCAGUUCUGUUUUGGAUUGACUCGUUUGCCCCAAGGAUUUUUCAUUUUCCUAAACAUCUAAGUUGUACUUUGAUAGGUCCUAGUCCAUAAUCCCCGAAAAUAAGCCUCGGGCAGGGUUCAGAGAGUUAUAUGUGGGGAAUUGUCCAUUUAUGGUAAACUUUAUUAUAGUUGUGGAUGAACUAGAGGGCCAAGGGGUUUUGAAGCAGGAUAUAAACAUUAUCUGACACAGAGGAACUUACAGGAAACACAGAGAACUUACAGGAAAAGGGCAGAAGUGCUUUGUGCUACUCUGUAGACUCCAUGCCUACGUGGGAUUGAUUAGAGAUAAGACAGCUCUAGCGAGAGGCUGUAUAGUAGUUUCAAGCAUGGAUUCUGACAGCAGCUCUGAGUUCAAAUAAUCUCUGUUACUCACUAACUGGGUGAAUUUAGCCUAGAUAUUUAAAUUCCUAGUGCUUGUCCUCCUACCUGUGUAAAAUGAGAAUGAUAAUAAAGCCUACUUCAAGUGCAUUGGUGUCAAGUUGAUACAGGCCAACACAUGUAAAGCAUUUGCAACUGAACCAAGCAUAAAUUAAGCAGUCAAACACUUCUCACCUAUGGCCAUGAAGGAGACCUAUAUUGCCUUUUAAAAUGUUACAAAUGUGAAGCUGGACUUAGAAAAAAAAUCUUCCUAGUUAAUUCUUUAGCUAGAAAACUUUCUUUUAUAUCCCUUAUCAAAUUCUACUCUCUCAGAUCCAGGACUUCACAUAUAUCUUAAUCCAGUCAAAUUUUGAAUUCAACUUUUAAGGGACACAACGUUACAAAAGGACAUAGUAAGUGGAGGUUUUAGAAACAAUGAAGUACUCGUGUUACCUAACAACUGAGUAGAAACAGCACCCAAUAUGACAGAAUCCAUUAUAUUAGCAAUCAAAUCUAAUGAUGAUUGCCACUGGUGGAACAUGUGCCUAGUACCUGGUAUAUUAUCUUAUUUAGUAUUUACACCACUUGUAAUGAGUAGAUAGUUUCAGCUCAGUUCUUGAAAAGAAGAGAUGGAUUCAGAGUUGAAAUAACUUGUUCAAGAUUCCACAACUGGUAAUUUGUGGGGCUGAGAGUCUGACCCCAUUGCAUGUUUCUUAAACUGUUAUAUUCAACUGAGACAUUGCAACAAGCUAAAUGUUAUCCUCGGCUGACAUCACUUGGGACACUGUAUACUCAUGGUGGCUUUAGAAUUGAAGCUUGUAUUGAGUCCUUGCUCUACUAUUUGUGGCUUUGGGUAUUACUUAACCUCUCUUGAGCUCAUUAUGUUACAGGUUUUCUGUAAAAGAAGAAUAAUGAUCUCUAUCCCAGAGGGUUGUUUUCGGGAUUAUAUGAAAUUAUCUUGAUACUUCGUGUUCAGUGUUAUGUAAAUUUUGUCAUCUAAAAGAAUUAAAGCUUUGAAAUGAGUUGUGGUAAUCUAUAUGAAUGAAAUUAUUAACAAGAGAGUUGAUAUUUAAAAUUCUUUUAUAAUUAACUUUAUGCUUACAUUUCUCAAUUUCUAAUUGGAAUUCUUUUCCUUUUUCUUUCAUUCAUUCCACAAACACGUAUUAAAAGCUUAUAUAUCAGGCAUGUUUUAUGUGUUUGGAAAUUAAAAGAUGAAAGUAACGUACUUACAUUACAGUUGCUUAACAGUUUAGGAUCAUAAAUAAUUGCAGAAAAAUCACAGUAACAAGUUUUGCUUUGCCAACACCUCUUUUAAAAAAUAUUAUAUCCUCUACCUUCACAGGAGCAAAAAGAUAAUCAAUUCUCAGUCUUAUUUGUAACAUAAUAAUUAAAUGUUUUAAAAUUAGUUUAGACUGUAUGUCAAGACUAAGACGGAAAUGAGGAUGUGUGCUCAUUUAUAGAUAUACACAUCUAUCUAUAAAUAAAGUUCUUCCCAAAGCUGUGAAACAUCUAGAUCUUCAAAACCAUGAAACUUGUUAGCUUUGGUUAUAGAUAAGCAGAAUAAACCAUCUCUUUUCCAGGGGCACCAGUUCAUCAGCCUUAGCUUUUGAAGCACAAGGAAGACAGGUCUCAAGAACUGCUUCUUUCCCAAAACUCAAAACUUUCUAACGAGUUACAUUACUUUUGUUUCUAGUGGUUCUCAUUAGCACAGAUAAUACAAUGUUUCUAAGUUGGCUGUGAAUAACCUUUGAUGCUCUCCUGAUUUGUGUUCAUCUUUCUACUAGUAUAUAAUUAUUUACCUAUUCAUCUUUUAGAUUAAUAAUGGUAUAUGAUACAUGAGUAUGUUUUUACUCAUAAAUUACCAAUCAGUAAGUAAGUACAAAUAAACUUAGAAAUGCAUUUCUAAUGUUAUAACGAUGAACCCAUUCUGUAAACAUAAAUUGAAAACAUUGGGAGAUACAAUGGAAUUUUUUAAAGUUAAUUCUGCCAGCCAUAAUUUUGAAUUUCCCAGUGGUAUGAUAAGCACAAUCUUGUUAAUUUAUUUGGGGCAUCAGCAAAGCAGGAGAACCAACAACAUAUCAUCUAAUGAAUUUAUUAAUCCAAAAUGAAAUAAAUCAGAAUUUUGACCUCCUUUGGCUAAUUUUAUAGGCUACUUUGGCUUUAUUUUAAAUAUUGUCUGUGUAUGGGUGGAAAUAUGACAUCAUUGUUUUUGAUUGGUGUAAGAGCUCUAAAUGGUUUAGAUUUACUACCUGUUAAAAGGGUUAGAAUUUAAAGGACAUUUGUGAAGUACAAUUUCCCAGAAUCUACUGAAGAUUUUCUGUCUUUAACAUUUUUGCUCAUGCAUCUACACUUCUCUAACUAGUAAGAUUCAAUUCAUAAUGUAAGGCCCACCUGUCUAUAGGCCAACCCAAGAGAAAGAAAUUUGUUUCUUCCUUAAGUUAAUUUUGUGUGUGUUAGCAGUAUACAUUCCUCUUUCAUUUCAAGCAGAUAUUCACAUAUGUGUUUAUAAAUGUAUUUAUUUUAUUUAAAAUAUGCAUAGUGUCUUCUAAGUCCAUUUUAAACAUUUUAAAAAUAAGUUAUUCUAUCUUAUAUCUUUCAUUUUUCUAUUAACACCAAUCUACUGAAAAUGCAUUAACUAGGUACUCAAUUGAUUUGGGUUGAAUAGUCAAUAAUGGCCGACUUUCCUUUCCCAUGCUGUUGAAGAUCAUAGUAAAGACAAAGGCAUGGAGACUUUUAUCAUUCCUUAACUGUGUAGGAAUUAUGAGACUAUAAUAUGCUAAGUGGAAUUAUUAUUUUUCCUUUUUAUUUUUUUCAUUCCUCUAAUGAAAUUGAAAUACCUCCUUUCAUAUUAUCUCACCAUAUUUGAAGUAUAGUUGUAUUUUAGUGGGUAUGGAAGAUUGAUUUCAGGACCUCCACAGACAACAAACUCUGUAGAUGUGAAGUCCCAUAUAUAAUGACAUAGAAUUUACAUAUACCCAGCACAUAUCCUCUUGCAUGCUUUAAAAUUCUAGAUUACUUAUCAUGCCUAAUACAAUGCAAAUGCUUUGGAAAUACUUUUUUUUACUAUGAUGCUUGUGGAAUAUGAUAAAGAAAUAGUUUUUACAUGUUUGGUACAGAUGUGAUUUUUUAAUGACUAAUUUUGAUCUGUAUUUGGUUGAAUCUACAGAUGUAGAAUCCACAGAUAUGGAGGAUUCACUUCACCAGAAAAAGACAGAGAUUGUUUAUAAGCUAGAUGCACAAAGAGAGACAUGCUUACUUGAAUUGAACUGGUUAGUUAGGUAUAUUUCAGAGCAUUUAGUUUUUCCACAUAGUUUUCCUGUAGAAUGUUCUUUAUUGUUAAUGGAAACUCUGGAGGGUGAAUGGUGAUGAAAGAUAAGAAUCUGGAUAUGUAUUUCUCACAGGUCAGAAGUUGCUGGUGAGUUUAACCUAGGUCCAGAGAGCUUAUCUCACAUAUUUGCUAAUUGCGUGGAAGAGAGAGCCCACAGAUUUUAAACUGUUGACUCCAACACAAACCACAUAUGUGAAAGGGUAGCAGUGAUACAUGAAAGCAAAACACCAAGUUUAGCAAUUCUUCAUUUUUUAAAAAAAACUUUCCCUAACUGUGUUCAUACCAUAAAGAACAAAUCAAAAUAUGAUGAGGUAAACAUUCUGUAUGGUCAUGUGAUGAGAUCACAGUUAAAUACUAACAUAUUUCUUUCCACUAUUCCCUUGAAAGUGUUUUCAUCUAUUACUUUCCAGUUCACAUGUAGUUUUACUCCCCCUUUUCAGUACUCAAAAUUCUUUUGGACUGUUUAAAUUUGCUUUUCCAAACAAAACACACAAUUAUGUAUUGCAGAUGUGAAUUUUUUAGAUUAAGAAUAGGAUCAUAGUUUAAAGUAAAAAGAUAAGGUAUAGCAAUCAAAUUGUUUGCAGAGUAUACUUUAUCAAAUAUAUAUAUAUAUGUAUAAUUUAAUAUCCCCAAUGUGCUUGCCCUGUUGCUCACUACACAAAAUAAUUCUUGUUGACUGGUUUUGCUCUGCAGAAAACCUACUCAUUUUUAAGACUCUCUACUCAAUGUUAACUUGGAGGCAAGCUUAAUUUUACUAUAGGGAUGUAGUCUGACAGUCCUGAAAAAUAGAUUUUAUAUUUGGAAAAUACCAGUUACCUUCUAUCUCAAACACAUACAUUCCUUAAAUAUAGGAACACUAUUUUAUAGUUAGGUUUUGUGUUAGGUAUACUUCAUAUAAACUUUUAUGUAUACUCCAAAUCACAGAAUAGUCAGCCUAUAAUUGAAUCAGUUAAUAAUGUAGUCAGUUGGCUUGAAGACCUUAGAUGUCGACUGAUUUACUGAGAGCCAGAAUUAGGCUUGAUUUUUCUUCUUUUAAUUAAGAUGUAUUUAUUUAUUUUGAAAGUGAAGAGUUAAAGAGAGAGAGGGAGAGACAGAGGGGGAUCUUCUAUCCUUUGGUUCAGUCUUCAGAUGGCCAUAAUGACCAGCGCUUGGCAAAGCUGAAAGCAGGAGCCAGGAGCUACAUCCAGGUCUGCCACAGGGAACCCAAACACUUGAGCCAUCUUCUAUGGCUUUUGUGAGGCCAUUAUCAGGGAGCUGGAUUGGAAGUAGAGCAGCUAGGACUUGCACUGGCACCCACAUGAAAUGCUGACAUUGUAGGCUGCAGGUUUACCUACUACAUCACAACAUCAGUCCCCGGGAUUGCUUCUAUUUCAUAGCAAUUCAUCUUCCCAUUCAACCUUUGUCCUUCACUUUCCUGAUGACUCAAGGCAAAAUUCUUCUAAAACAACUCACCCUUAAUCUAUUGUUUCUAUUUUACCCAUUUUUUGCAUUAUUUACAUCAUUACAUUAUUUCUAGCAAAUUUAUUUUCUAUAAAACAUUUUUGUAUUUUAGAGAAAAAAAGAGUGAUAUUUUGUCUUAAAAUAAAAUCCUGCUCUGAGUUUCCCUCUUAGCAUUCAAAAUUUUAUUUGAUUUAUGAUGAUGAUGUUGAUUUACACAUGUAGUAAAGGCAAGAGAACUACUUGACCCUCAAUGGGCUGCUUUCAGCAUGAAACAUAUUUUUGCCAUGUGGAAACUGUGUUUGAGUUAGCUAUUUGUUUGUGUUAUAUGACAAGCCAUUUUUUUUUUUUUUGCUGCCCCAUAAAAUGUGGUUUCAUCUCCCCACUGCUUUUGUUUUGGCAUAUGACGGUGGGAGUGGCUGUUAAGGAGGUUUGGGCUGAUGGCCUGAUGACGGGACAUGAGAUGACAGUCUCUUAUGGAAGCUGACUAUAUGCAGUGUUAUCAUCCUUCUUGCCUCUUAAGUGAAAAGGAAAAGAUAUGGAAGUGAGAUUUCCAUUUGUUUAAAUUUGUGCUGUAAAAAUUUAGUUUUUUUUUUCUUUUUUGCUGUAACCUAUGUAUAUAUAUACAACCUGUCCAUUAGUCACUUCAUACAUUUUAUUAUCACUUCAUUCUUUAUUUCCUUCCUUGACCUCAGGAAGAUUCCCAAGUAAUUCUGAAACCCAUUAGUAUCUCAGAACACUCACCAAAAAAAUCUAUAAAUGAUUUCUUAAUGGUCAUUGCUUAUCAGUAUUAGGCAAUCUUAGACUGGCCAGAAGUCAUUGUAUGGAGACUUAAAAACAUCUUUAAUAUGCAAAUCCUCUUACUCUGUUUUGUUAUCAUUUCCAUUUCCAGUAUGUAAAACUAACUAAAAAUAUUUAUAUUUUAUAAAAACCAGUGUAACUUGCAAAUUCCAUUUUAACCAUCAAUUUUUAGAUUUAUAGAAACGAGCCUGUUGCAGAACUACUGUAUUUUAAAUAGAGUGAGGAAUCCUUGUAACUGCCGUCUUUCCGCCACACUUCUGAUUUGUCCCUUGAAUAAAGGCUGUAGACAAAAGGCUAAAUAAUAGUGCAUUUAGAUAUGAAGAGUGAUUGUGAUAGUCAGGGACCCACCAUCCACAGGAGAAUGGUGCCCCGGAAAGAACUUAGAACAUCAAGAUCUCAUCACUUUUGGCUUUGGGUUUCAUCUUCUGGGUUAGUUCCCUCCCCAGCCACAGCAUCAAAGGAAAAAGCAGUAGCCCUGGAAGUAUAGCUAAAUGAAGUGGCCAAGAAUUCUCCACCAGUCCUUAAAAUCUAACUUAGCCAUUUUUAAGCCUGGUGAAAGACACUUAACCUCUUAACUCUAAUUUCUCUGUUUCUAAAAUGAGGUGAGAACAGAAUCUAACUCACAAAAUAAAAUAUGUACUAAAUUGGAACUGGGGAGUGUGUCGCUGAUGUAUGCAGUAGUAUGUGAAAGAAGCUAGGCCUCUCUGGCCUGCUAAGAUAUGCACAGAGCCUCCAAGCCAGGAAAGGCAUCAUAGGGGAGUAGCUGAUUUGUGUCUGGUUUGAUCUUGUUAGAUCACUUGGGAGAAGCAGGAUCUUUGAACCUUCCCUUCCUUUAAUUUCCAAGGAUUUUUAAAUAAGUGGGAAUAAAAGCAUACUGAAAGGACCGAACACAAGUAGGUGGAAACCCAUAUUGAUAUGAGAUUAAUGGAAGGGGAGACUAUGAAUCUUGCUCUUGAUAUACCUUCUCUCUUCUGUUUUCUUCAUUUAUGUAAAUCAAACUCAGAAGACAGUAACUAUUUCUGUUUUUGUUUUCACUUAUAGAAGCCAUAGAGGGUGUAGACAGUUAUAUUAAACUAAUUAGUAACAUACUCAUCCUGUCUUUUAUGUGUCAGACAUUUAUAAAACCUUACUAUAAAUAAGUUGUUAUACUCCGUUGACAUUGGAGCUUCAGUGUCAGAUAAGAUUUGUUUCCUGGCCUCAUGGGGUUUAUGGUUUAGAGUGGAACUCAGGUGAGUAUAGAUGACUGUACUGGAGUUUCUUCAAUGCUGAGUAACCCAGUGUUGCUAUGAGAACUAAUAAUGCGUUAUCUCAACUUGGAGAUUAGAGCAGCUAUGAAAGGCUUCUUCCUAUUAAUGAUACCUGAACUCAAUGUGAUAUAUUCUGCUAGCCAGGUGAAUAGAGGUGGAGAGAAAAGAGAGGACAACCCAGAUAUUGGGUAUAACCUACACAGUAGCAUAGGGGAGUGAGAGAACAUGGCAUAUCUGUGAUAAGCAUGAAUUAUUUUUUCUCAUGAAGUAUGCAGAGAAGGAGGCAGGAGGAGAGCAGCACCUAGAGAGUGGGGUAGGAUAGAGAAAAUGCUAUCUUUAAGAAAUAAGAGGCAGGGGCCAGCUUUGUGGCACUGUGGGUUAAAGUCACAGCCUGUGAUGCCAGGAUUUUAUAUAUGAGCACUGGUUUGAGACUGGAUGUCUCACUUCUAAUUCAGCUUCCUGCAAAUGUGCCUGGGAAAGCAGAGAAAGAUGGCCCUAAGGCUUGUGUCCCUGCUGCUUAUGUUGGGACACCCAGAUAGAGUUGCUGCUCCUAGCUUCAUCUUGGGCCCUGCCCCAACCAUUGCAACCAUUUGGGAGAGUGAACAAGUCAAUGUAGAAUCUCCAUCUCUCUGUCUUUUCUCUGUAACUCUGGCUUUCAAAUGAAUAACUAAAUCCUAAAAAAAAGCAGGCAAUAGAGUAUUGCAUACUUGAAAAUUGGAAAGAAGUUAAGUGUUCUUAUUAGAAAUUAUUAAUGGUUGACUUCAUAUAUCUUAUUUUUUCAUAUUUUUAUCAAUGAUAGUUUAUAUUCUUGUCAUUUUAAUAAUACAGCAAAGUUAAGACUUUUUAAAGUAGAUGAAGUAAUAAAAAUAUAAUUUCUUUAAAAGCCCUAGCCACUAUUUUAAGAAUAUGGUCAAGUAAAAAUUACCUACAAAACAAAAAAGAAGAAAGAACGGAGAAUUUCAGGAGCCAUAUAGAGUAGAAAAUCAACAAUUAUCCCUCACUACCCACAUAAAAUUGUUUUUAGGACCCCUACAAGUACCAAAACUCCAAGAUGCUCAUGUCACUUAUGCAUAUAAUAUGAUGUACAUAUAACCUACAUAGUUCUUCACAUACACAAUAAGUCAUCUCUAGAUGACUUAUACUAUAUAAUCCUAUGUAAGCACUAUGCAAACAAUUGUUACAAUGUGUUGUUUAGGAAAUAAUGACCAAAAAACCUGUACAUGUUGAAUACAGAUGUAUGUUUUUGUUCAAUAUCUUUGAUCUGUGACUGGUUGCAUCUAGAAACGCAGAACUUCAGGAUAUAAAGGUCCACUCUACUGGGGGAGUUAGAAUUCACUUGCUCUUUGGUAAGUAUUAACUGAAGUUCUAAAGUGUAUUAAGAUGAAGGGAAAGAAUGGUCACUUCUGCUCAUGGAAAAGACCUAAAUUUGCCUCCUGGUGGUGUCAUUUCCUUGCUGUGUGAUUUCUAAGAAACUGACUAGCCCAAAGUGGGAGUCCCUGCACCUGAAUUCCCUCACUGACAAAAUGAGAGAGCUGGGUCAAGUUCACUCUCGCUUCUAAAAUGAUUCUCUGAUGAAAACAGAAAAAUGUGUUCUUUGAGUUUACCUGAGUAGAAUUUGUGGUUGGUGCAUUCCAACUUCCCUCCCUCCCUGCCUUCUUCUAACUCAAGUACCCUGGUCCCAGAAUAUACUGAGUUAAUGAUUCCAUACUCAGAAGAAGAGUGCUCAAAUAAUAGUCCCAUUAGGCAGCAAUUCCCUUCUCCAUGAGUAAUAAAAUCACAUAUUUAUGACUUGCAUGAAAUAAAAACCAUGAGCUUGGGUGUUUCUGUGAAAAAUCUGUCAUCUCUCUGUGAAAACUGGUUUUUAUCACUCAGAGGGUUACUGUAAUAAUCAUAGACUUUUUAGCACCAUUUUUUUGCUCAUUCUUUCCCUCAAGAAACAAUGGAAUUUUUAUGUCUUUCUUUAUGACCCAUUAUGACACAAUUGUGAAAAUCUUAACUGUUGAAGGGUGAGAAACAUGGCUGGCACCAGAGAAAUUCUUCUUGUUCUUUCUCUGUCUCUCCCUCUCUCUCUGUAACUCUUGAUUUUCAAAAUAAAUAAUUCUUAUAAAAAUAAAAAUUUCUGAUGUACACCUCAAAUUUCAAUGCAAUUUGAAAACCAAUAACAAAAUCCCAAAAUGACUACUUCUUCCCUGACAGGAUUUUUUUUCUGCUUCUGAUGCUCUCCCAGUCUCUUUACUUGGUAAACAAUAAUCUUGUCCUAGCUGGUGCUGCUGACUUUUCUCCCCAUCAUCCUUUCUGCAUCUCAUACAGUUAUGCUUUUCCCAAAACAGUGUUUCCUUUUGGUUUCUCCUCUGUUCUGAAGCCUUCAGUAAGAUCCAGUAUCUCCCACAUCUCCAAUACUUUGCUGAUUUUUAAGGUGUUGAAGAAACCUUCAAAUUUAUCAAACUCCAUUUCCUGCCUUUCCCUUAAACACACCUCUAGUUUAGACAAUUCUCAUUUACCUCACCAAGAUUGGGUUUAUUUUUAACUUUCCUAUCUCUCUGCACUUAGACGGGUUUUUAAACUACCUUCUGUUUAUCUGGAUCUUAUUCAUUAAAAACCAAUUCGCAGCUCUCAUUCUUUUACAUGAAGUUUACUUUGAUCCCUCCAGCCUGUGACCUUGACAGAAUUUGUUUACCACUUUGAAUUUCUGUUGGUUGAAUUUCUUCUGGUUGAAUGUCAUCUUGGAUUGUUCUUGAAUACUUUAAUGAAGUUUAUAUCAUUUUUCUGAUUAGAUUGUAAACUCAUAAAAGCAGAGACUUGUUUCAAAUGCACAGAGAAGCUAAUUUUUGUGAUUUGCAUCCCUCAUUGUCUGACAAAAGAUAAAACCUACCAUCAUUUGUUUUAAAAUCAUCUCCCCCCCUUAAAAAAAGAAAUAUUUACUUAUUGUCAUUUAUUUGAAAGGCAGGGAGACAAGGGGAGACAGAUAUCAUCUGCUGGUUCUCUCCCUAGAUGCUUACAACAGCUAGUCUGGGCCAAGUUGAAGUGCAGAUUCUGGAACUCAAUAUGAAUCUCCGAAUGAGUGGCAAGAAUCCAAGUUGUUGAGCCAUCACUACUACUUCCCUGGGUGUAAAUUAACAGGCUGCUGCAUUAAAACCAGAAUUCAAACCUAGGCAUUCUUUAAAGUCUAUGGAGUCCUUUCAUGUAUAUUGUAGUUUUUCAAAAAAAUAUUUACUUAUUUGAAAAAUGGAGGGGGACAGAGAGAGAGAGAGAGAGAGAGGUCUACCAUAAGCUGGUUCAUUCCCCAUUGGCCUCAAAGGCUGAGCCUGGGCCAGGCUGAAGCCAGGAGACAGGAGCUUCCUCCAGGUCUCCCAACGUGGGUGCAAGGGACCAAGCACUUGGUCCACUUUCCGCUGCUGUCCCAAGCACAUUACAGGGAGCUGGAUUGGAAGUGGAGCAGCUGGGAUUUGAACUGGAACCUAUAUGGGAUUCUGGCAUUGCAGGUGGUGGCUUAACCUACUGUGCCACAAUGCCAGCCUUGUAUAUUGUCAUUGAAACAAAUUCCUACCAGAGAUUAAUUUUUGUAUAUUCUCAAUGAAAGAAAGUGGCUGCUGACCAUUCUCUGUAGAGUUGAAACCACCAUGGAAAAGGCCCACGUCUCCAUUUGAGUAAGCAAAUAUAUGUUAUGAGAACACUGUGGUAAUAUGAAAGACUUCUUUUUUCAUCAAAACUUCUAUCAGUCUGAGAAGGGUUUAAGUGGAAGUGAGCUACCCUGCACAAGGAGCCCUGAGUUGUCUGGGAAUGAAGCAACUGGCUUCCCCCGGGCUGCUUGUCCUUGGAUUCAGUACUCGAGAGCCCUACUGGUGCGAGAAUGGCCCUACCUAUCAUCAAAUAUGAUAUGGUACAAGAGUCUUUAAGGGGAUUCCACAAGUUUUGAGAAAGAUGGCACUUACAAGGAGGAAAAGCAGACUUUAUUUUCCAUAUUUUAGGCAGCAGAUACAUCUGGAUUAUAUAGUUGUUAUCUGGCACUGGCUUUAAUUAAGUUACUUCUCCUGGGGACAACUUGUCCUGAAGAACAAAAGGCUUAAAAGAUCUGAAAAUUGAGGACAUGACAGAACAUCCUGCAAAAGUGGCUGAGUAAAAGAAGUAAGAGUGCUUUGAUCUUGGGUACCCAACCCUCCCCAGAGUGGAAUGGGAAAGAAAAGAAAGGAAAAUUUGGCUUGGCUACUGUGUUUUGUCCAUGAUUAGCCAUGAUCAGCCAUGAUCAACUAAUACAAACACAGCCUCUACUCAGUAGCUCUCUACCACUGUUGGCAUGCACACACACACAGACAUACAGAUCAGUCUUCCGUCAGCUUGUUCACUCCCUGAAAGGAUAAAAUGUACAGGCCUGGGCCAAGCGAAAGCCAAGAGCCAUGUACUCCAUAUGCGUCUCCCACGUGGGUGGCAGAGGCUCAAACCUUGGGCCAACCUCUGCUCCUUCUCUUAGUAGGAGCUGGAUUGGAAGUGGGAAAGCUGGGACUUGAACUGGUGCUCUUAUAGGAUAAUCCUCAAUUUCUUUGGUUAAAUUUAUUCCUAAAUAUUUGUGUUUCCUGUGGCUAUUGUGAAUGGGCUUUCUUUCUUGUUUUUUAGCAAGUUCCUUAUUGGCAUAUGAAAAGGCUACUUUUUUUUUGUAUGUUGAUUUUUUAACCUGUGCAUUUACUGAAUUGGUUUAUCAGGUUUUCAUUUUUAUUUUUAUUUUUUUUUAUCUAGGAACAUUUUAUUUAAGAUAUACAAACUUCAUGAAUUUCAUACAUACAAAUUUAGGAACAUAGUGAUUCUCCCCACACUUCCUCCCUCCCACAUUCCCACCCUUCUUUUUCCUGCCUCUCCUAUUCCCAUUUUUUAUUUUUACAAAUAUAUAUUUCAAUUAACUUUAUAUACAUAAAUAUAUAAAUAUACAUAUAUAUACAUAAAUAUAUAAAUAUAUAAUAAAUAUAUUUCAAUUAACUUUAUACACAUAAGAUUAACCCUACAGUAAAUAAAGAGUUCAACAAAUAAUAUGAGAAAGAAAAAAAAAAACUCUUCCUCAAUAGUCAACAGAAGAGAAGUCCAAAAUCAUCGUCUCUCAGUGUCCAUGGAUUGAUUUCUGGAUUUAUAUUCUGUUCCGUUAGUCUAGAUGUCUAUUUUUGUGCCAGUACCAGGUGGUUUUGUCUACAACUGCCAUGUAGUAUGUCUUUUUUUUUUUUUUUUUUUUGACAGGCAGAGUGGAUAGUGAGAGAGAGAGAGACAGAGAGAAAGGUCUUCCUUUGCCAUUGGUUCACCCUCCAAUGGCCGCCAUGGCUGGCACGCUGUGGCCAGCGCACCGCGCUGAUCCGAAGGCAGGAGCCAGGUGCUUCUCCUGGUCUCCCAUGGGGUGCAGGGCCCAAGCACUUGGGCCAUCCUCCACUGCACUCCUGGGCCACAGCAGAGAGCUGGCCUGGAAGAGGGGCAACCGGGAAAGAAUCCAGCGCCCCGACUGGGACUAGAACCUGGUGUGCCCGCACCGCUAGGUGGAGGAUUAGCCUAUUGAGCCGCGGUGCUGGCCAGUUUGUCAUGAAAUCUAGGUUUAUGAUGCCUCUGGCUUUGUUUUUGUUGUGUAACAUUGCUUUAGCUAUUCAGGCUCUCCUGCAUUUCCAUAUGAAUUUUAGCAUAGUUUUUUUCUAGAUCUGAGAAGAAUAUCAUGGGUAUUUUGAUUAGAAUUGCAUUGAAUCUGUAGAUUGCUUUUGGUAGUGUGGACAUUUUGAUGAUAUUGAUUCUUCCAAUCCAUGAACAUGGAAGAUUUUCCAUUUUUUCUGUGUCUUCUUCUAUUUCUUUCUUUAAUGUUUUUAUCAUUGUAGAGAUCUUUGACAUCCUUGAUUAAAUUUAUUCCAAGGUAUUUACUUGUUUUUGUAGUUAUUGUCAAUGGGAUUGAUCUUUGAAGUUCUUUUUUUUUUUUAGGUUUUAUUUAAUGAAUAUAAAUUUCAAAAGUACAGCUUAUGGAUUACAAUGGCUUGCCCCCCAUAAUGUCCCUCCCACCCGCAACCCUCCCCUUUCCCACUCCCUCUCCCCUUCCAUUCACAUCAAGAUUCAUUUUCGAUUCUCUUUAUAUACGGAAGAUCAGUUUAGCAUACAUUAAGUAAAGAUUUUUUUUUUUUGACAGGUGGAGUGGAUAGUGAGAGAGAGAGACAGAGAGAAAGGUCUUCCUUUGCCGUUGGUUCACCCUCCAAUGGCCGCCGCGGCCUGCACGCUGCGGCCAGUGCACCGCGCUGAUCCGAUGGCAGGAGCCAGGUGCUUAUCCUGGUCUCCCAUGGGGUGCAGGGCCCAAGUACUUGGGCCAUCCUCCACUGCACUCCCAGGCCACAGCAGAGAGCUGGCCUGGAAGAGGGGCAACCGGGACAGAAUCCGGCGCCCCGACAGGGACUAGAACCUGGUGUGCCGGCGCUGCAAGGCGGAGGAUUAGCCUAGUGAGCCGCGGCGCCAGCCUGAGUAAAGAUUUCAAAAGUUUGCUCCCACACAGAAACAUAAACUGAAAAAUACUGUUUGAGUACUAGUUAUAGCAUUCUUUGAAGUUUUUCUCAGCCAUGGCAUUGUCUGUGUAUAUGAAAGCUAUUUAUUUUUUUGUGUUAAUUUUAUUUAUUUAUUUUUUUGACAGGGAGAGUGGACAGUGAGAGCUAGAGACAGAGAAAGGUCUUCCUUCCGUUGGUUCACCCCACAAUGGCCGCUGUGGCUGGCACACCAUGCUGAUCCGAAGCCAGGAGCCAGGUGCUUCCUGCUGGUUUCCCAUGCGGGUGCAGGGCCCAAGGACUUGGGCCAUCCUCCACUGCUCUCCUGGGGCAGAGCAGAGAGCUGGACUGGAAGAGGAGCAACCGGGACAGAAUCUGGCGCCCCAACCGGGACUAGAACCUGGUAUGCCGGUGCCACAGGCGGAGGAUUAGCCUAGUGAGCCGUGGUGCCGGCCAUGUGUGUUAAUUUUAUAUCCUGCCAUUUUACCAAAAUCUUUUAUGAGUUCCAGUGUUCUCUCAGUGGAGUCUUUUGGAUCCCCUAAACAUAGAAUCUGUUAUCUGAAAUUAGGGAUGGUUUGGAUUCUUACUUUCCAAUUUAUGUCCUUUUGAUUUCUUUUUCUUGUAGAAUGGCUCUAGCUAAAACUUCCAGGACUAUGUUGAAUAGUAAUGUUGAGAGGGUGAAUCCUGGUUUGGUUCUGGAUCUUAGCUGGAAGGCUUCCCGUUCAAUAGAAUGCUGGCUGUGGGUUUGUCAUAAAUUGCCUUGAUUUUGUUGAGGAGUGUUCCUUCUAUACCCAAUUUUCUUAAGGUUUUCAUCAUGAAAAUGAUGUUAUAUUUUAUCAAAUGCUUUCUCUGCAUCUGUUCAGAUAAUCAUUCUUCUAUUCAGAUGCUUUAGUUUAUCAAUGUGAUGUAUUACAUUGAUUGAUUUGCAAAUGUUAAUAUAUCCCUGCAUACAAGGGAUAAAUCCCACUUGGUCUGGGUGAAUGAUCUUUCUGAUGUGUUGUUGGAUUUGAUUGGCUAAUAUGUUGUUGAGUAUUUUUGCACCUAUGUUCAUCAGGGGAAUUGGUUUAUCAUUCUCUUUGUUGUAUCUUCUUCUGGUCUAGAAUUAAGACGAUGCUGGAUUUAUAGAAAGAGUUUGGGAGGAUUGCCUCUCUUUCAGUUGUUUUGAAUAGCUUGAGAAGAAUUGGAAUUCAUUCUUCUUUAAAUAUCUGGUAGAAUUCAGCAGUGAAGCCUAGACUUUUCUUUGUUGUGAGAGUCUGUGUUGAUGAUUCAAACUCCGUCUUGGUUAUUGGUCUCUUUAAGUUUUCUUUGUUUUCCUGGCUCAAGGUUUGUGGGUUGCAUGUGCCCAGGAAUCUAUCCAUUUCUUCAAAAGUUUCCCAAUUUGUUAACAUACAGCUCGUUGUAGUAAUUCCUGAUGAUGAUUUUUAUUUCUGUGGUAUCUGUUGUUACAUUUCCUUUUUUAUCUCUGAUUAUAUUGAUUUGGAUCUUCUCCCUCUUUUUUUUUUUGGUUAGUUGAGCAGUGGUGUAUCAAUUUUGUUUAUUUUUUUAAAAAACCAGCUCUUCAUUUCACUGAUCUUUUGUAUUGUUUAUUUUGAUUUCAAUUUUGUUUAUUUCCACUCUAGCUUUAAUUAUUUCUUUCCUCCUAAUAAUUUGGGUUUGAUUUGUUGUUGUUUUUCUAGGUUCUUGAGAUGCAUUUAUACCUCAUUUAUUUGAUGCCUUUCCAAUUUCUUGAUAUAGGCAUCAAUUGCUAUAAACUUCUCUCUUAACACUUCUUUUGAUGUAUCCCAUAAAUUUUGAUAUGUUGUAUUGUCACUUUUAUUAGUUUAUAGAAAUGUUAUAAUUUAUUUUUUGAUUUCUGCCAUGACUGACUUUUUAUUCAGGAGAGUGUUGUUCAGUCUUCAUGUGCUUGCAUAUGUUCUAGAGAUUCUUGAGUUGCUGAUUUCCAGCUUCAUUCCAUUGUAGUCAAAGAAUAUGCAUGAUAUGAUUUUGAUUUUUUUUGAACUUGCUGAAACAUGUUUUAUUGUCUAGCAUGUGGUCUAUCCUAGAGAAAGUUCCAUGCACUGAUGAGAAGAAUGUGUAUUCUGCAACUGUGCGAUGAAAAAUUCUGUAGCUACUAGUUAGGCCUAAUUAACUCUGUUGUUUUUUUGCUGAUUCUGCUGAAAGUAGGGUGUUGAAGUCCUCCAUUAAUAUUGUAUUUGUCUGUAUCUCCCUUUAGUUCCAUUAUCAUUUCUUUUAAAGCCAUGUGCCAUGUAACUGGGUGCAUAUGUUUAUUAUAGUUACAUCUUCCUGUUGCAGUGAUCCCUUUCACAUUACAUAGUGCACUUAUUUGUUGCUUUUAACAGUUUUUGUGUAAGAGUAUAUUUUGACUAUCAGACGUUAGGAUGUUUAUACCAGCUCUUUUUUGAUGUCCAUUAUCAUGGAAUAUGUUUUUCCAUAUUUUUAUUGUAAGCCUGUGUGUACCUUUGUUGGUGAGAUGUGUUUCUUGUAGGAAUCAAAUAAAUGGGUCUUGUUUUUCAAUCCAUUCAGCCCAUCUGUAUCAUUUGACUGGGGAGUUGAGGCCAUUUUCAUUCAAGGUUACUGUUGAUAAUUAAGGAGUUGCCCCUGCUGUUUUUCCAUAAAUAUUCCUAUUGUUUACUUUGGAUUUCCUUUGUACUUUACUGGGAGAUUUUCUGCCUUUACAUUCUUUCAUAGUGAUAACUGUGUUUCUGUGUGUAGCACAUCCCUAAGCAACUUUUGUAAGGCUGGAUGAGUGAAGACAAAUUCCUUCAAUUUUUGUUUGUUGUGGUAGAUAUUUAUUUCACCUUUAUUAAUAAAUGAGAGCUUUGUAGGGUACAAUAUUCUGGGUUGACAGUUUUUUUCCCCCUUAAGACUUGGAAUAUAUCUUGCUGUUCUCUUCUAGCCUGUAGGGUUUCUAAUGAGAAGUCCAUUAUGAGUCUAAUUGAAGAUCCUCUGAAAGUAAUCUUGAUGUUUUUCUCAUGCAUAUUUUAGAAUCUUUUCUUUAUGUUUACUGUGAAUAGUUUGACUACAUUGUGUCACGGUGAAGAUCUUUUCUGGUCGUGUCUAUUUUAAGUUCUAUGUGCUUCCUAUAUUUCAAUGUCUGUUUCUCCAAAUUAGGGAAGUUUUCUGUAAUUAUUUUACUAAAAAGACCUUCUAAUGCAUUUUAUUUUUCCACGACCCAUAUGUUGGGUAACUCACUCCUAUGACCCAUAUGUUGGGUUGUUUGAUAGUAUCCUAUGAACCUCUAACACUAUUUUUAAUGUUUAUAGAAAAUUUCAUCUUUUUUUGGUCUAACUAUAAAAUUUCCAGAGAUUUGUCUCCUACAUUGGAUAUUCUCUCUUCUCUCUCACCAAGUCUGUUGUUAAGGCUUUCCACCACAUUUUUAAUUUGAUCUAUUGAAUUCUUCAUUUCCAAAAUUUCAUUUUGAUUUCUCUUUAAAUAUAUUAAUUUCACAGGAAACAUUUUAAUUUGUGUCAUGUAUAGAUUUCUUUAAUUCAUGGAUUUGCUUCUGAUUGCUUCUGAGUAAUCCUGUGAUUAAUAUUUUGAAUUCCAUUUCAAGCAUUUCAUUAAUCUCUUCAUCUUCACAUUUUAGUAUUGAACUGUUAUUGUGUUCUUUUGUGGGUGUCAUAUUGUCUUCCUUAUUCAUUUUUCCUGAAUUUCUACAUUUACUUUUGGGCAUUUGUUGAUAUACUUGUUGGGUUUUCCCUCUCUAUUGGCUUUUGUCUGUGGAGUAUGCCUCCUCAGUCUUAGUGGAGUAUCUGCUCUUUCAGUGAAUACCAAGAGGCAUUUGCUAGGUGUGGCCAGGGAGCUCUAUUCAGUGCUCCAGGGUGGGGGGAGUAUCCAUGGUGACACCCUAGUUGGGCAUGGUGUAUCUUUUUUAUUUUUUAUCAGAAGGGAGGGUUUGAUCAGCUCUGUUAUAAUCUCACUCUCACUGCAUUUCUUCCCAGGUGAUCAGUACCCCAGCCCCCAUGGCAGCAUUAUUCAUAUGUGCUGCCACAAGAACCACACAAAGGUUCCAUGCAGUCCUCAGUUUGAGCAUGGAUCCCACUGCAAUGACCCAUCUUAGGCAAUCGGGGAGCCCUGAGCCUGAAGAACCCUCCACAGUGACUGCCCAAAAAACCAGCCGUACCCUGUGCUCUUCUGCCAUUUCUACAGUCUCAGCACACAAACCUUCCACAUAGAUGCCAAAGAUCCACUCCACCUUGCCAGUCCAUUUUGUCCACAGAGAGGUGGGGAUGUUCCUAUGGCCAGCAACAUGUAGGAGCUCUGCGUAGGCAAUUACAGCCCCAAAGCCUGUAAUUUUUUGGAGGUUGGAGGCACUCACAUCUUACGUGGGUGCCCAGCCCCCUGUCAGUCCUCCCAGCCAGACUCAGGUGUGUCCUCUCAGCUGAUGCUGGGCACGUGGACACAAUCUGGCAUGUUGCUGUGGAUUCAUUCUGAGAGGAGCAGCAUGAUGGGGGCAAGAGGCAUGGAGUCACCACACAGACCCCGGGAGUCGGGUGAAAGUGGGCCAGAGGUGAGCAGCUCGCAGACUCGUUUAUUUCAUUUGGUACAGCAGCUUAUAUAGCCAAGGCAGCCAAUCCAGUCAAGGGGAAGUUUAUAACCUAACCAGUCACAGCCUGUUGCCAGGCAGGCUCCAUUGCCAGGUGGUUUCCGAAGCCAUUCCUGAGUAGCUGAGGCUGGCUUGCCAGCAGCAAUCUUGGCGUGGCCUUCUCAUUCCACCACAGCUAUCGCAUAUAUCAAAAAUGGUGCUCACCCUCUCUCAGCCAUUUGCAGGGUACCACUCUUUGGGGAAUAGGGAAAGAGAAACAUGCCCCUUUUUUCUCUCUGGAUUAGCAGGUUCCCUGUCCCCCACAGGGCUCCAGGCUGGACAAAUGCUAGGCUCUCCCAACAGCUGUAUUGCCAGUGGCUUGGGCUGCUGUAGUCUGAUCUCACCUUAUUCUCCAAAGCUAUUGCUGAGGCUCUUGGCUGCUGGUGUCCUGUGUGGUGUACUGUGUGAUGUCCAUGCUCAUGCUGUGCAUCCACACCCUCCACAUAGAGCCACAGUAUCCUGCUUCCUUCUGUGGAGUUUCUGCUGCAGUUUUCUCUCUAAGUCUUCCCUGAGAUUGUACUUUUUCCACUAUUUUCUUUUUUUUUUUGACUAUCUUCCCCUAGCCCAGAGCUAAAGCGCCCUCCCUUUUCUGCCAUCUUGAAAGACAUGUUUAUCAGUUCUUUUUUUUUGACAGGUAGAGUUACACAGUGAGAGAGAGAGACAGAGAGAUGUCGCUCCCCCUCUUCGUGGAGGAGCAACACUGAACCCUGUGCUGUUCUUUCUGUCUGCUCGGCCCUCCCCGGGUUUGCUGCUGGUUCUUCCCGGGUUGGCUACUAUCCCUUCCACCUCCGUGGAAGGGCAGUUCCCCCUGGCCGCAUUCCCCACUUCCGCAGGGGAGCGGCACACCGCCGACCGGCUCUCUCGGGGGCUGCACGGGUUCCCUUAGAUGUUCCCCAUAGAUGUUCCUGGUGCAUGCCGUCUCUCUCCUCCUUUAUAGUCCUCCUCCGCCAAUCCCAACUCGGCUGCCCACACGCCGAGUACGCUGCUCUCCAAUCAGGAGCAAGUCCUACAGUUUAUUAGUUGAACUGGAGGCAGCUGUGCGGAAGCUGUUUACUUCUCUCCCAACGCCAUGCUGUGGGAGAGCAGAUGCACAGAAUAAGUCUUAAUUUCAGUAACUUAGUCCAGUCCGGAUUGCUCCCCACAGAGAGAGAGGUCUUCCUUCUGUUGGUUCACCCCCCAAAUGGCUGCCACAGCCGGCACUCUGCGCCAAUCCAAAGCCAGGAGCCAGGUUCCUCCUCCUGGUUUCCCAUGUGGGUGCAGGGUCCAAGCACUUGGGCCAUCCUCCACUGCCUUCCCAGGGCCCAGCAGAGAGCUGGAAUGGAAGAGGAGCAACCGGGACAGGACUGGCGCCCCAACCGGGACUAGAACCCGGGAUGCCGGCGCCACAGUCGGAGGAUUAGCCUAGUGAGCCACAGCGCCGGCACUGUUUAGGUUUUUCCACGUACAGCAUCAUGUCAUCUGCAAAGCAAACCUGGAUAUUUUGACUUUCCAAUUUUGUUACCCGUAAUUUGUUUCUCCUCCCUAAUUGCAGUUGCUAAUAUUUCUAGUACUAUAUUAAGAGUGGUGAAACUGGACAUCUUUGCCCUUUUCCAGAUCUGAAGGGAAAAUGCUUUUAGCUUUUCUCCAUUGAUUGUGAUAUAGGAUUUUGUUUCCAUGCCUUAUUUGUUAUGGGUUAUUAUCAUGAAGGGGUGUUGAAUAUGAUCAAGUGUGCUCUCCAUAUCUAUUUAGAUGAUCAUAUAAUUUUGUUCUGUAUUCUGUUGAUGUAAUUUAUGCUGUUUAUUGAUUUGUGAAUGUUGAACCACUCUUUCAUAUCUGAAAUAUUCUACUUGAUUAUAACGUAUGAUCUAAAAAAAAAUCCUAAAGUUCAUAUGGAAUCACAAGAAACCCAGAAUAGCCAAGGUGAUCCUGAGGGGGAAAAAAGAUGAAGAUAGAAAAACUGGCUGGUGCCGUGACUCAAUAGGCUAAUCCUCCACCUAGCGGCACCAGCACACCGGGUUCUAGUCCCGGUCGGGGUGCCGGAUUCUUUCCCAAUUGCCCCUCUUCCAGACCAGCUCUCUGCUGUGGCCCGGGAGUGCAGUGGAGGAAGGCCCAAGUGCUUGGGCCCUGCACCCCAUGGGAGACCAGGAUAAGUACCUGGCUCCUGCCUUCGGAUCAGCGCAGUGCACCGGGUGCAGAAUGCCAGCCAUGGCGGCCAUUGGAGGGUGAACCAACGGCAAAGGAAGACCUUUCUCACUGUCUCUCUCUCUCACUAUCUACUCUUUCUGUCAAAAAAUUAAAAAAUAAAUAAAAAAUAAAAAAAAGAAAGAGAAAAACUAAAAUAUCAAGACAUCAUCAAAGCAUCACAAUACCUGUUUUCAAAGCAUACCACAGAGUUAUAGUAAUUAGAAUUGGAUGGUACUGGCACAAGAAUUGACACAUAGAUCAAUAGAGCAGAAUAUAGAGCCCAGAAAUUAAUCCACCUACAUAGAGCCAACUGAUUUUUGGCAAAAGUGUCCAGAGCAUACACUGGAGAAAGGACAAUCUCUUUAAUGAGUGCUGCUGGAAAAACGGGAUGUAUAUAUGUGGAACAUGAAAUCAUGAAAUCAGGUCCCUAUUUCUCACCACAGAAAAAUUCAACUCAAGAUGAAUCGAUAAUUCAAAUUUAAGACUGGAGACAAUGAAAAUGCUAGAAAAAAAUGUAGGGAAAACAAUUCAAGACAUGGGUGUAAGUAAUGACUUCUUGGAUAAGACCCCUCAAAACAUAGGCAACAAAAGCAAAACUAAACAAAUGGGAUCAUAUUAAACUCAGAAGCUUUUGCGCAGCAGAGGGAAUGAUUAAGUGAAGACACAUUCAACAGAAUGGAAAGCAAUAUUUACAAGCUAUCUGACAAAGGAUUAAUAUCCAUAAUAUAUCAGCAACUCAAAAAACUCAACAGAAAAACAACCAAUCCAGUUAAGAAAUGGGCAAUGGGGGCUGGUGCUGUGACAUAGUGGGUAAAGCCACCAUCUGUGACACUGGCAUUCCAUAUGGGCACCAGUUCGAGUCCUGGCUGCUCCUCUUCCAAUCCAGCUCCCUGCUAAUACACCUAGGAAAGAAGUGGAAGAUGGACUAAAUGCUUGGGCUCCUGCACUCAUGUGGGAAACCCGGAGGAAAAUCCUGGCUCCUGGCUUCAGAUUGGCCCAGCUCCGACCAUUGUGGUUGUGUGGGAAGUGAAUCAGCAGAUAGAAGACCUCUCUCUCUCUCUCUCUCUCUCUCUCUCUGUGUGUGUGUGUGUGUGUCUUUCUGUAACUCUGCCUUUCAAAAAAUAAAUGUCUUAAAAAAAAGAAAUGGGCAAUGGACCUCAAUAGACAGUUCUCAAAAGGAUAAAUAAGAAUGGACAAUAAUGUUUUAAACAAUGCUCAAUAUCACUGUCCAUCAGGGAAACACAAUUCAAUAUCACAAUGAAGUAUCACAUGACCUCUGUCAGAAUGGCUAUUAUCCAAAAUACAGAGAGCAACAAAUGCUGGCAAGGAUUUGGAGAAAGUAAAACUCUUAUAUGUUGUUGGUGGGAAUGUAACUUAGUGCAACAACUGUUGAAAGCAGUAUGGAGAUUAAAAACUGGAUAAAUACUGUUAUAUGAUUCAGCAACUACUGAGUAUGUACCCAAAAGACAUGAACAUAUUGUUUCAGAGAUACCUGCACCACCAUGUUUAUAGGAUCACUGUUUGUAGUAGCUAAAAGAUAGAAUCAAUUAAAGUUUGCAUCAUCAGAUGAAUGGAUAAAGAAAAUGUGGUAUACCAUGGAGUAUUAUUCAGUUAUUAAAAAGGUUGAAAUUCUAUCAUUUUCAUCAAAAUGGUUGGAUAUGGAAAAUAUCAGACAUAGAAACACAAAUACUGCAUGGUUUCGCUUAUAUGUAGGAGCUAAAAUUUUUUUUAAAAAAGCAAUAAAUUCCUGUGUGCAUCAAUUUUGCUGCAAAUACAGUGUUUUGCCAAACUUUGUUUUAAAUGUUCGGCAAGUUGUUAAGAAUUAAAUACUGCUAUAGUUCUAAUGACUUUGUGACUAUUUUAAAACUUAGUAUGAGUGUAGUUGAACAUACUUUCAUUUGAUCCUCAUUUAUGAACCCUUUUUUAUUUUCUUUUCUUACUUAUUUUUUUAAUUCUCUUUUUUUCUCUUUUUUCACUUUUAUUUAAUAAAUAUAAAUUUCCAAAGUACAGCUUAUGGAUCACAAUGGCUUUUCCCCCCCAUAACUUCCCUCCCACCCACAACCCUCCCAUCUCCCGCUCCCUCUCCCAUUCCAUUCAGAUCAGGAUUCAUUUUCAAUUUUCUUUAUAUACAGAAGAUCAGUUUAGUAUAUAUUAAGUAAAGAUUUCAUCAGUUUGCACCCACACAGAAACAUAAAGUGUAAAAUGCUGUUUGAGUACUAGUUAUAGCAUUAAUUCACAUUGAACAACACAUUAAGGACAGAGAUCCUACAUAAGGACUAAGUGCACAGUGACUCCUGUUGUUGACUUAACAAAUUGGCACUCUUGUUUAUGGCAUCAGUAAUCUCCCUAGGCUCUUGCCAAGGCUAUGGAAGCCUUUUGAGUUCACUGACUCCGAUCUUAUUUAGACAAGGUCAUAGUCAAAGUGGAAGUUCUCUCCUCCCUUCAGAGAAAGGUACCUCCUUCUUUGAUGGCCCCAUUCUUUCCACUGGGAUCUCACUCGCAGAGAUCUUUCAUUUAAGGAUUUAGGUGGUUGUGGUUUUUUUCCCUGACUAUAAUACUCUCAUGGGCUCUUCAGCCAGAUCCAAAUGCCUUAAGGGCUGAUUCUGAGGCCAGCAUGCUGUUUAGGACAUCUGCCCUUCUAUGAAUCUACUGUAUAUCCCACUUCCCAUGUUGGAUUGUUCUCUCCCUUUUUAAUUCUAUCAGUAUUUUCAGGCUCCACUAUGGUCUUUUUGUUUGUUGAGCUUUUUACUUAAUGGAGCAUUAAGCCUUUGAUUAUAAUGUAAAUUAAAAUAUGUUAUCUCAACAUAUUUUAAAAACUUAUAAAAGGAAAAUAUCUACUUUGUAGUCUUUGGGAUCUAUGGAUGUGUUAUUUUACAGUGCAAAGGGACUUUCCUGACAUGAUUAAGUAUCUUGAGAUGGGAAUACUAUCCUGGAUUAGUGGGCCCAAUAGAAUUGAAAGGAUCCUUAUGGAGGAAGCAAAUAGGUCAAAAUCACAGAGGAGAUGUGAUCAUAGAAGCAAAGGGAGAGAGAAAAGGAGAGGGAGGGAGGGACUUGUCUGGGGGUAGGGAGUGAGGGGAAGGAAGGGAAGGGAGGAAGAGAGAGACUGAUUGAUUGAUUUGAAUGGAUCAUAUUGGUUCAAGAAAGGAGGAAGACUCCAUGAGCCAAAGGAUGCAGGUGUAUCUGGAAGCUGAAAAGUCAGGGAAAUGGAUUUUUUUCUAGAACCUGCAAAUAGAAGGCAGGCCAAUGAUACCUUUACUUUAGGACCCCUGUACCAGAAUGUAAGAUCACACAGUAGUGUUAUUUCAAACCAUUAAAUUUCUGGUAAUUCAUUACAGCAGUAGUAGGGAUUUAAUACCCCAUGAUAAGAAACAGUUAAUGAACGGUCUUCACUUGAUUUUAGCCAAAAGGCUUGGAAGCUUAAAGAACAGUCUUUAGCAAAGAAUCUGAUGAUGUGAUCUGUUUUACUGCCUGCAUGUUUCUGGGUGGUAAGCAAAUCUGGUAAAAUAAUUGAUGAGAAGUAAAUUAUAUGGUGCUCCUCUACCUGAUGGACUCAUUGUAUAUUUCUGCUUUCCAGGUAUCACCUCUUUCUCUUUGCAGAUACAUUUAGCUAAUGUGGCAUACUUGCACAUGUGUGUACAUUUCUUUCCUUCUUUCUUUCCUUCUUUAUUUCCUUCUUUCUUUCAUUCCUUCUUUCUUUCCUCCUCCUCCUCCUCUUCCUCUUCCUUCUUCUUCCUUCUCUCUCUCACUCUCCCUCCCUCCCUUCUUUCCUCCCUUCCUCCCUCCCUCCCUCCUUCUCAAGUUCUAUUUAUUUAUUUGAAAGUCGGAAUUACCAAGGCAGUGGGAGAUACAGAGAAAUUCUCCAUCUGCUGGUUCACUUUCCAGAUAGCCACAAUGGCCAGGGCUGGGCCAGGCCAAACUCAGGAGCCAGGAGUAAGUUCUUCCACAUGGGUAGCAGGUCCCAACACUUGAUCCAUUUUCUGCUCCUUCCCAUGCCAUUAGCAGGGAGCUGGACAGGACCUGAAACUGCCAGGUUAUGAACAUACAGGAUGCUGGCAUUGCAGGUGGUGGCUUUUACCCACUACACCACAAUGCCAGUCCCAAUCUGUACAUUUCAUGCUUGGGCAUGCAAGUAGAACUUUGGAGAGGGCCAGUGUAUAUUCUGAAGGGUUAGUGAAAACUUUGAUUGUCUAAAGUUUUUCUAAACUAUUUUCAAAAUCCAGUAAUACCAUGGUAUUUCACAAUUAUUAAUUAGAAAUGAAAAUUUGCUCUUUUUUUUGACAGGCAGUUAGACAGUGAGAGAGAGAGACAGAGAGAAAGGUCUUCCUUUUCCGUUGGUUCACUCCCCAAAUGGCCGCUACAGCCGGUGCGCUGCGCCGAUCCGAAGCCAGGAGCCAGGUGCUUCUUCCUGGUCUCCCAUGCGGGUGCAGGGCCCAAGCACUUGGGCCAUCCUCCACUGCCUUCCUGGGCUACAGCAGAGAACUGGACUGGAAGAGGAGCAACUGGGACAGAAUCCGGUGCCCCAAUCAGGACUAGAACCUAGGGUGCCGGUGCUGCAGGUGGAGGAUUAGCCAAGUGAGCUGUGGUGCCGGCGAGAAUUUGCUUUUAUGACCAUAUGAAGAAAAUUUCUCAGAAACUUGCACAUAAUUUCAACUUCCUGGGGAUCAAAUUAAACAUUUUCAAGAUUGUCUAUUGAUCAGCAUUGGAGACGAUGAUUCAUUCCUGCCUGCUUGCCUGCCUGCCUUCUUUCCUACCUUCCUUCUUCCUCCCCUCUCUCUCUCUCUUUUCCCUCCCUCUUUUCUUUCAUUCUUUCUCUCUUUUUAAAGAUUUAUUUUACUCAUUCAAAAGGCAGAGUAACAGAGAGAGGGAGGGGCAGAGAGAGAGAAGGAUCUUCCAUCCACUGGUUCACUCCCCAAAUUUGAGAAAUAGCUGGGGAUGGACCAGGCUAAAGACAGGAGCCUGGAAUUCUAGCUCAGUGUGGGUAGCAGGGACCCAAGCCCUUGUGCGCUCUUCUGCUACCUUUACCUGCACAUUACCAGUGAGCUAGAGUGGAAGCGGAGCAGCUGUGACUCAAACUGGCACUCCAAUAAGGGAUGCUGGCAUCACUGGUGGUAGUUUAACCUGCUGAGCCACAAUACCAGCCUCUGUUCUUUAUUUCAUUCUUUUUUCCCCUUUUACUAACAGCUUAUUUCAUUGCUAACAGGAUUUUAGGAAAACUCAUAUUUUGCAUGCUCUUUUCCUCAUUUGUUUUGUGGUUUUAAGAAGAGAUUUAAAAUAAAUCUAGAUCUACACAAUUACCUUUCAGUAACUUGCUGAAAUAUCCAAAAUCUAGCAUUAAAAAUAUUUCCUAGAGAUAAGCAGUCUUGAAUUCAGAUACUACUAUAAUUGUGUACUUAUAAUCAGUAAUAUACAACUGGAUAGGUUGUAUGCUAUAUGGUGUUUCCAUUAUUAAGGGGGCAGAAAUGAGCAUUAUGAAAUACAAGGAUGUAGUGUCAUGACACUAAAGGUGACCAUCAUUGAUUGGUUAAUUUCACAUAAGUUACAUUUAUUCUGUUGUUUAUGGACCUUGCCUCUUAUAAUGUUACUAAUGUCACCUGUAGGUUAUAGUGACCACUAAAAGCACACACACAGUAAUUUUGAUUACUAAUUUUGGUCCCUGUGCAUUACCCCAAAUUUAUAAACUUACAUGGAAGGAGAAUUGGAGAGAAGGGUAACUUUCAGUUGAGAACGACUGUUGGAAUUUCAAUUUAAUACAGAUUUAAUACUGAAUACAUGUGGAUAUAUAUGCACUAACUUAAAUAAUGAUUUAAUUUAAUUUUUAAGGCUUAAUAAAUUAUCAUAAGGCAAAUAUCUGGGACAUCACCACUUAGGUAAAGAAGUAGUAUUUUUUUAGCCCAGAUAAUCUGCCUAUGUUACCUGCUCAAUUGCAAUACUUUGAUCCUUUUGAAAGUAACUACUAUCUUGAAUUUUAUUUAAUUAUUUAUUUUUAAAUUUUUAUUUUACUUAUUUCAUCUACUUGAAAGGCAGAGAGCCAGAGAGGGAGAGAUGGAGAGAGGAGAGAAUAUCCUUCUUCCACUGCUUCACUUCCCAAAUGCCUGCAAGAGGUGAGGAUAGGCCAGGCCAAACCCAGGGUCCUGGAACACCAAGUAGUUCUCCCACAUGGGUGGCAGGGGCAUAAACAUUUGAACCAUCAUUUGUCGUUUCUCUGUAUGUACCAGCCACUGGAUUGGAAGUGGCAUAACUGGGACUUGAACCAGCACUCUGGACAGGGAAUAUGGGCAUCCCAAGUGGCAGCUUCACUUUCUGUGCCACAGUGCCUGCCUAGAUCUUAACUUUUAUAAAAAUCACCUUUUGAAUUUCUAUAAAAAAUGUUUUCCUAGUCACUGUAGUUAUAUAUAUAUUUUUGUUUGACAGAGUUAGACAGUGAGAGAGAGAGAGAGAGAGAAAGAGAGAGAGAGAAAGAGAGAAAGGUCUUCCUUCUGUUGGUUCACUCCCCAACUGGUCGCUACGAUCGGCGCUGUGCCGAUCUGAAGCCAGGAGCCAGGACCUUCUUCCUGGUCUGCCAUGCGGGUGCAGGGGCCCAAGCUCUUGGGCCAUCCUCCACUGCACUCCCGAGCCACAGCAGAGAGCUGGACUGGAAGAGGAGCAGCCAGGACUAGAACCCAGCACCCACAUAGGAUGCUGGUGCCGCAGUCAGAGGAUUAACCAAGUGAGCCACGGCACCAGCCCCUGUAGUUAUAUUUUGAACAGACUUCAAAAAUGCACUGUGUCAACCUUUUUUUCAAUCUACUGAUAUUCUCUCUAUUCAUCUCUCUUUUUCUUACAGUUGAUCUGUAAGAAUAAUCUUAGAUAUUUGUUUCAGACCUUUUGGAAAAAAAUUGUGAUAAUAUUACAUAUAUAUUACAAAUAUAAUAAAUCUCUGUACAGUUUACUCAGAAUCUGUCACUAUGUUGCAUUGGUUCAGAAAAAAAAUUGUCGUUUUUCUCUAGUUUCUAUUUUGAGAUACUGACCCUUGACUUUCUUCAAUUAGCAUGAGGACCAAGGAAUGCAUUAUGUUAAACAGUGAACUAAAUAAUUAUUCUCAAGCAACAAGCUUUGAUUUGCUUCCAAGGAAGCUAUAAAAAGUAUCUCUUUUCAGUAUGUACCUGUUUAAGAAUGAUCUCAUCACUUCAACCAUUUAUAUAUCACCUUUUAUAUUAAAAAUGAUAUAGAAAGUGGCUUCUACUUCAACCUUCUCUCUGCCGAGUUGCUAUUUCAUGACUUUUUUCUUCCAAAUGAAGAAAAAAUAAUCAAUUUCUGGCAUUAUAUUAGGUCAUGAUACAACAGUUUGGAGUACUUUUUUUCUUUAAUUAUCUAAUUAGAAUGAUUUUAGAAUGUCAGCUUAUGACACAAUAAAGAAGGUAAAUAGCUAUUUAUCUUUUAGAAGUUGGUAUGUAAGUUGAUUGCCUGGAAAUCUUAGUGCUAUUCAAAAUGAACACAAUUUGUUUUCAGAUUAUAAGAGCAAUGCAUAUUCAUUUUAGAAACCUUUUGGAAAAAUACCAAAGUACAAAUAAAACAGUUAUAAAUACAGUUAUAGUAUAAAUAGAUUAUUGACAGAGUCCAUUUUCAUUUUAUGGGCGUGCUUUUAUUUUCUUAAAAAAGAAUCUAUUAUUACAUUAUAUUAGGGUCAUAGCAAUUGCAUGACAAUUACUACAACACAAUUUUCUUUCAAUUCUCCUAUUGAUAUGGCACUAAUACAAAGAGAAGAGAUUACAUGGAGUUCAUAGCUAUAAUUCUAAGACUUUAAUGAUUAGGGCCAACAUGUCACUGUCACUGCUCAAAUACUGUUCUCUUAGCCCUGGACAAAAGCUGUUUUCUAGUCUACCCUAGAGUGUUUUCCCUUCCUGCCAUACGUUCCAAACUCCAUUAUACACUGUAAAAACUCACUUACCAUGUGAACUCUUUUUUUUUUUUUUUUUUUUGACAGGCAGUUAGACAGUGAGAGAGAGAGAGACAGAGAGAAAGAUCUUCCUUCCGUUGGUUCACCCCCCAAAUGGCUGCUAUGGCCGGCAUGCUGCGCCGAUGCGAAGCCAGAAGCGAGGUGCUUCCUCCUGGUCUCCCAUGCGGAUGCAGGGCCCAAGCACUUGGGCCAUCCUCCACUGCCUUCCCGGGCCACACCAGAGAGUUGGACUGGAAGAGGAGCAACUGGGACAGAAUCCAGCGCCCCAACCAGGACUAGAACCCGGGAUGCUGGCGCCGCAGUCAGAGGAUUAGUCUAGUGAGCCGUGGCGCCGGCCACCAUGUGAACUCUAGCACAAUAUAUUUUUGCCUGUAUUCUAAAUGAGUCUGUCUCUGUUGUACUCAGUAUAACUCUCCCUAAGACUUGUGGACUACCAUGAACAUUCUUCCAAAGCAAGCAGAUUUGUAGCUAUACCAGUCUGGAUAUUCAAUCAGGAAGCAAAGCCAAGAGCCAGAUUAGAAGCGGUGUAGCUAGGACUCACACUGUGCAUUUCAAUAUGGGAUGCAGAUGUUCCAAGCAGUAACCUAAGUGCUAUGCUACAUGCUUGUCCCACCUUUAAAAGACUUUUGAAAACAUUUCUGGGGCCGGUGUUGUAGCUUAGUGGGUAAAGCCACUGCCUACAACAUCAGUAUCCCAUAUGAGUACUAGUUUGUGUUCCAGAUACUCCACUUCUGGUCCAGCUCCCUGCCAAUGGUCUGGGAAAAGCAGCAGUAGAUUUCCCAGGUGUCUGGGCCCCUACUACCCAUGUGAGAGACCCAGAAGAAGCUCAUGCUCCUGGCUUUGGCCUGGCCCAGGCUUGGACUUUGUGGCCAUCUGGGGAAUGAACCAGUGGAUGGAAGACCUUUCUUUCUCUGUCUCUCCCUCUCUCUCUUACUCUUUCAAAUCAGUCAAUCGAUCAAUCAGUCAAUUAUUUUAAAAAAAUAUUUAUGUAGAUUUCUGGGCUCUUUCCAAGAUUUCUGAUUCUACAUCUUGAAUAUAGCUCAAGAAUUUGCAUUUCAAGUUCUCAGGUGAUGCUGAUGCCUCUGAUCCAGAAAUUACCCUUUGAGAACCAUUUAUGUAGACUAAGAAAAUAUUGGUCAGGGCAAGUUCAAUUUGUGACUCAUUAAUUCAAUAAUAAAUUGAAGGCUAGGUAAUCCACUGAAAUACUGAUUUGUGUAGAUAUAUUUUUUCCUGCCUGCCUUCCUGCUAAAGAGUGUAUGUCAACUGUUCUUGAAGAGUUGGAGGAAUUUCUUUGAGAUCUAGCAGAAAGGAGAUGUUUUGGUUAAACUGGGGAGAAAUUCAAGGUCUGUUAUCAUAAGUCUAUUAUGAGGGUAAGCUUGCCUCAUUUUAAUCCUAAAAACAUGAGAAGAUCUUAAAUACAUACAGAAUCAUGUUUCCAGCUCUGCCCAUAACUCCCAUACUCAACACAAGGAGCAUAGAAACAGCAGAGCCACCAGACAAACAAGAUCCAUAAAACUGCAGAAAUGGAUAUUUGGAGAUUCCAUUAAGUGUUGACUAAGGGACUAACUCACCCCAAUCCCCAUCAGUCUGGUACUGUGUCAGACUGGGCCUCUGACAGCCCUGGAAGAGAGACACACCAUAGGGACAGAAUGAACUGAAAUCAGAGAAACUUAGACACAGAUUUAAAUAGGUUUAAUUAUAAUGAACAAUAUUAUUUAUUUUAUAUCUGGGUUUGUGUAUUCAGAUGUGUACUUGUUUCCCCGAGUUAAUUAAGCUAUUGAUACUUUAAGAGAAUUUACAAAACCAGUAACCUACUACUUCAUAUAUAUUUUUUAUGAUUGUUUGGUAUAAUGUAUAAUCCAGACUUAAUAUUGAGUCAAUAAUAUUUGCUAAAAUGAACUACUCUAUUAGGAUAUUUUGAUAUCAGCAACAUAUAGGUAGGCAAAGUAUUCAUUUUAGGAUGACAGAUGCAGCAUAUUAUAAAAGAAGACGUAUAGUGCUAUGAUUAAGGGAACUGGUCCAGAAAUUACCUGCUUAUUCAAGUUUGUAACAUAACUAACUUGGAAAAUUAAGUGCUUUGUGCCCAGUUUUGCAUUUGAAAAAUAAGUAUAACAAUAAUGCUAACCUCUCAGGACUGUUGUGAAGAUUAAAUGAAUAUGUCUUCAAAUUUUGCAAUGUAAAAUUUCAACAUUAAUAAUAAUUUUUAGUCUUUAGCCAAUUUAUGUAAUUGGAUAUUACAUGAUAAGAUUCAAAGACAAGAAUAUGCCUUUCAGAGUCUAUUCUCCUUGAGGGCUUAGAAUUCGGAAACUUCCUCCAAAUCAUAGAAUUUGUUAUUAUUAACUGUUAUCUGUUUAAAGGCAUCAUUGACUGCAAUAAUAUGUAAUAUUCAGCGUUUUAACAUUGUAAUAGAAACAUUACCAAGAUAUCUAAAUUUUUGGUAAAUGUUUCAGAGCUUCAAUGCUAUCAUUAAUCCAUUGUGUCUCUUGUAACUUAGGUUAUAAAAAUAUCAUUACCUGGGUUCAAAAAAAAAAAAACUAUAGAGCACCCACACCUAUUUCAAGUGUGAUCCAUAGAAUACAACAUUGGAAAAUAACACAGGGGUAGGUUUUCCUUGGUUAUUUCUUCAUAUUGAACACCUGUGCUUUUCAUUUUAGCUUAUAUUAUAGCUGGCUUUCUUGGUUACAGGCAUACAGGGUAUCCUUUCUCCAAACAAGCUCUGUUUCUUGUAACUCACCAUCUCUGUUUCUAUUCCUUAAUUCCAUUGGCAAUUUGAAGCAGGCUGCUUACUCAUGUUGUGUCUGCAGUGUUGGAAUUUUAGCCCUUGAGUCAUGUAAUUUCGGAAAUCUUUGCCUUCUGCCUUAUGUAUUAACAGCAAUCAGUCAGCCCCUUAAGACCUUCCUGGAAGCAUCCCAAAAUACUUCAGCUUUUAUUUUGGUUUUAGUUUAAAGGAACUGCAGUCAAGUUAACCCUGGCUUCUCAAUUUUGUCUGGCCACCCAACUGAAGAAAGCCUUCAGAGAUCUCUAGGCAGCCCUUGGUGACAAAGUAUGGAUUUACUAAAUGUCACACAAUUUAUGAUAUCAAGCUUUCAAAGUCACAAUUUAACUUUGUAUUCUGGAGAAAAGUUUUUCUAUAACUGAUAGUACAAAUAAUUCCUUUCUUUCCUAUUUGACUUAUCAAUGUAAGACUUGGUUCCAAAUUAGAAAUAAAAACAGGUAUAGAAUUACAAAGUCAUUAAGAAAGAUACGAAUUUUAAUGAAAUAUUACUGGUAGUAAGGGAUGGAGUUUAUAGACCACUUGAUAAUAUGUAUUCAAUAAAUUCUUACAUCUGCUACAUAUGGAUUGUACACCUCUAAAUCGCAGGGAAAGCAAGGACAGCUAAGACCUAUCUUCUGUCCACAAGAAGCUUAUGGUCUAGGUGGAAAGACAGAAAACUGAACAGGUGAUUUCAAGACAGUGUUAAUGUUAUGUUGGAAAAUAUGUAGUAAAUAUGAUGAGAGCACAAAGAUAAAGCUCCAAUAAGCGUAUGUGAUUUGGGAUUGAAAGGAGUUUCUUGGAGGAACUUAUUUCUAAGCUAAGAUCUGAAGAACAUGGAUAAUUUAGCCAGGAAGAGACAAAUGCAUUUUGAGCAUUCUAGGCAUGGAAACAGCUUGUACAAUGAACUCAGUUAUUUCUACCAGUGAUGGACUUGUCUGGAAGACCUCACUCACAUGUUAUGCCAUUUGUGGUAGAUGAUAAAAGUGUAAUUCUUCCCCUCCUUCCACCUAAGCUCUUAAACACAGAUGUUUUAAUCCUUCCAUAAAGAAGUGGAGCCAACAUACAUCUCUUUACUUCUUAAAUCUGGACUGGUCAUGGGACUUCUUUGGUUAAAGAGACAAAGCAGUUGUGAUCAUGGCAGAGAACAGGUAAAUGCUUGUGCCUUGGAGCCUGAUCUCUUGUGGAGCCAGAACACUGAGACCACUAUGUUUUAUUACCACACCCCCGCAACCACCUGUGAAGGAAAAAAGAUCACACAGAGAAGAACUGAGACAUCCCCACUAACAAUCUGCCAACUGCAAGAUGUAUGAUGGAACCCACCCAUGGAAGGCAAAAUAAGCUAUCUCAGUUUAUGUCCAUGUCCUACUCACCAAAACCAGAGCAUAUCUUUCCUUACAUAAUAAAAGAGAUUCUGAAAA